CUGCUGAAGAGGCGUAGCUCUCUCUGCUUUCUGCUCAUUGUGCGACUCCAGCGAGAGAAAUUUCCGCUUCCUGCGCCGAUAAACAACAACCAACCGACCAACCGACAACCGACCGAGACAACACAACGAGCCGUCGCGAAGUUUCAUUGCAGGAGGGGGGGACAGCAGCGAGAGAGUGGACGCCGAGGAUUGACCGCCUGUCCUCGGCUACAGAAACCCCCUCUUGGACCGCAGUAUGUCUUCACUCUCGGGCGGCGAAUAGCACCAAACGGAUCCAACUUUUCCGUUUUUACGCAUUUGCACCACCGAGAGAGAGAGAGUGAGCGUGUGAAAACAGGCAAAGGAAGGAGGAGGUGCAGGAGGCACCACCAGAAAAAGGACAACAACACACCACACCACCACACAAGGAGAAACCAGGCUUACUACGGGUAUUCCUCCGCCUGAAAACCCGCUCUCAGCCUCCAGGAUGUCGGAGCGAGGAGGGCUCCCGCGGACUGGGGGCGUCCCCUCGCCGCACAUGCAGCCCUCCAAGCCGGUCAGCAUCACCUCCAACCGGCCGGUCCACAUGAACCUGUACGCUACCUGGGAGGUGGACCGCUCCUCGCCCAGCUGUGUGCCAAGGUAUGUGAAAGAAAGAAAGAGAGGGGGGGGGGAAGCAUGCAGGAAGAGGGUGGCAUGGCUUAAGGGUGGUUGUAGAUGAGAAAUGACCCUGUCUGGGGUUCUACUGGGGGGAUUUCUACAGGAAUUGCACCAAAGGGGCGCCAGUUUGGGAAGAUUAUCACCUCAUAUGACUGGAGAACAUGUGGAAUUGUCACAUUUCAUACAAAAAUAAGGAUAUUUCUCCAUUUCUACUGCUCUGUUUGCUUAUCUUGACCCAUAUAACCCCUACCAACCACCCAAAUAAUCACCUCCUGGUAGCUUUUACAAACAAGCUUGCCGCCUGGUUAUCUGUCAGACUAAUAAAGACUGUUUGUGUUGUGACAGCUGCUGCCUUUCCCCCCAAGUCGACAGCCUUUACCUGAUCAAUGCAGACACAGAUUGAUGAAACAGACCGUCGCCGCUGCCAUAAAAAGGCAUCGUGUGAUCAUAUGUGACACAUCUGUAACAUCAGCCGCCGCGAUUUACGGCUUUUGGAGAAGAAGAGGAGGGCAGGAAAUGUCAGAUAUGAAUCAUUUUGCAUCAGAUUCUUGAUGUGAAAGUUGUUUGUGUAGACAAUGUAGAAAGACGGUUAAGCUUGGCACCAUUAAAACAUAAUAAUUUGAUGUUUUUGUUGAAUAUAUAGGGUAAGAAAUCCAUGUUAUGGUCGGUGCAUGAUGCAGUUUGUAGAUGUAGACAAUGCAGCAAGGAAAAAAAGCCAUGCACCAAAGAAAAGCACCACACUGCCUGGUGUUUUGGUUCAUGGAAUAAGAGCGAUGAUGAUUGAAAGCUGUACAGAAAUGACUGAUGUCUGCCAGUGUAGACAAUGCAGCCAUGACUCAUGUUUGGGACAUGUUUUCAACCUCAAAUAUUGAGUUCAAGAUGACUAAGAUCCAAGAGCCAAGAUGUUUUUGUUCUCAGGAUUUGCCUCAAAACUCUGAGUGAUGUUGUUGAAUAUAGACGACGCAUCAAGUGUGGAAACAACCUCGUACCAAAUACCAACAUAAUAUGCUGCAAUGCAAUCAGAAAUGUUGUUUGAUGAAGCAGACAAUGUAGCAAUUACUCAAAAAAGCACGUAAAGAAGGGUAAUCUGCAGACUAGAGUCAUUUAUGAUACGCUAAAACGCGCUAAAUGAAGUUGUAGACAAUGCAGCGAGAACGCCACAAAAACGCUACAAGGCUAACAAAUAAAUCACGCUGUUCAUAGUGAUGCUUGGCUCUUACCCAGGGAUUCCACAGGAUCCGGAACGGCUCUGCUCUGGCGGUUCAAAUACGCAAGCAUACAGCGACCACCAGAUCCGAUCCGCUGCCGCCAUUGGAGGAGAAGCGCUUGCGAGAUUACCGAUAUUUCUCGCAAGACUGGACGAGAUCUCAAGUGUUUCCCCGUGAGAUAUUGAAUGAGAUACGCCGAUCUAAAGGGCGGUGUAUAUCCGGAUAUUUUACUCUGUAACCGCAGACAACUUCCGCUUCUGAAUUGAUGCGCCGUGCUGCGGCGUCCGGACGAAAUUAGAAGCCUUGUGUGUCUGAUUCCGGAUCCUGUCGGUUUUAGCCGUUGAAGUUCCAAUCAUUUUUUGUUUUUACUACUCUAAGUGUCCUCAGUGGUCUUUAAAUCGUGAUUGUUAAGUUUUUAGCCAAAAUCGCGUUACCUGUGUCAUUUUCGAGGACUCGCCUCUUCGCCUCUGAGUCAUGGGCUAGCUAGCUUGCAACCUAACAUUGGCGGUGUAGCAGAAGUGGCAGGUAACAAAGGAACUAUUCAGCUCUCGGACACUAAUGUCUUUAGGGACAUGAUGAAAGUUUAUUUCAUAAUUAGCUUUCUUACAAGCAUUGCAAUCUGCUAACGCACACGCUUGUUCCGCGAUCGUCCCCUCUAUUUGUGGCCUGCAUAGCGUGGCUUAGGGGGCGGAGCUUGGAUUUGCUACAUAGGAAAUCUCACUGAAUCUGAACCUUCCAUUUGGGUCUGCCAGAGAUAGUGCUUACUUUUCUCAUGAUAUGUCCUGCAGAGUCAGAAAAAUGCCAUAUGAACACGUAGACGACAAGAAAAACAUGAUUUUCAUCGAAGUGGAGGUUUAACAUGAUUCAAGUAUGCCACUCUGGAAUUCAUCGUUUUAGUAUACCAAUGGUUCUCAACUGGCAGUAGUCGUAGAACUGUACUGUAGUACUGUAGUAGAUGAUGCAGAAAGUUCUUUCAGUCUGAGAAAACGAGGAAACGUUGACUCUCUGGGCAGAUAAUCUUGAUCAUGGUAUGUUGUCAUGUGACAAUCGAUGUUGUUGCUUCAUGUAGACAAUGCAGCGGGUCAGCAAUAGAUAAAAUACCUGACUUGUUUCAGGUCGUUGAGCACAAACACAGCUCUGUAUCCUGUUGUUAUUGUUCUCCUUCUUUUAGACAUUCGAAUGAAACUAUAAUGAUAAUAACAGAAGAGAUGGCAUCCAACACAAAACAGCGCCUCAUGUUUUAGUUCGUCGAAUAAAAAUAAUGCGACUCUGCGGGCAGAAAUAGAUGAUUUUCAUUACCAUGAUGAUUCCAGGCUCUGAAGGGAUGAAUUAUGUGUUUGCUAAUGCUGACAGUGUGGAGAGUCCACAUUAGCCGAGACACCUUAUCCAUCUGAGCCGAGUGCCAAACAAAGACAUCCUAGUCGGCUUUCUUUGUUCGCCUGAAACACUCGCUGACUGUUUUCUGCAGAGGGAUCAGCCUGAACGGCGUGCGUUUCUAUCAAACUGAAACUAUAUUUUUGUUUCAUCGCCACAUAUUGGAUUUAACAUUCUUGUAAAACCCGGCUGCCGUCUGUCCUCUUUGUGUUUAUGAUGCCUCGGUAAUAACUGUGGUCAUGAGUUGGAUUCAAGGUUGAAGGUUAACAGCUGUGACUGAAGUGCUGCGCAUGUGAUUCACAACCUUGGUGACAGAAUUUCACAGCAAAUCAAACCGAAAACAGAGGAAUCGAGCAAAAAUAAAGUCUUCAGGUUUGAGAGAGAGAGAGGUAAACCUGAAUCUCCUCAUGAACAUGCCCUACAAAGUUGUGCACGCUUUGUGUUUUCUGGUAAGAUCUCUUAGCGGUUGCCCCCGAGAUGUUUAGGUUACUGAAAGCAAUUAGUGGGAAUAAAGCGUGCUGGUUAAAGCGUCACAAAGUCCCACUGCUGACAUCUUAAUGCUGCUUUCUGAAAUGCUUUGGGGCUUUGCUGGGUUUGAAGCAAAGCCUCAAGGGUGUUUUCUGCUUCUUAGCAUUUUGUGUUGGUGAGUGAGCUUGUGAAUAAAUGAUACAGUCCAGGAUCUAUAUUUUGUACCGGUGCAGCAACGGAGAGAGCCUCACACAGGCGAGAAAAAAGGGGGAAGGAAGGGAACGAGAGGAUGAGACAGGGAGGUGGGAGAAGAAGCGGUGGCUGCUCUGUCAUCUACAUUUCAAUAGGAUUUCUCACAGACGUAGGCAGACGACGACUUAUCUGGGAGCACCUUCUUUAUGUUUGCAGGCUAAUAUCCACGGUUGAUUUUUACUCAAAAUGUGAUUGUUGAUGUUUUAUUUUGGGGCCUUUUUCGUCGGCAGCCGUCACGGUCUGUCAAAUAUCUUCGAUUUCACUGCAGUUGCAGCAACGGAGAGAGCCUCACACAGGCGAGAAAACAGGGGGAAGGAAGGGAACGAGAGGAUGAGACAGGGAGGUGGGAGAAGAAGCGGUGGCUGCUCUGUCAUCUACAUUUCAAUAGGAUUCCUCACAGACGUAGGCAGACGACGACUUAUCUGGGAGAACCUCCGUCUUCAAUGUUCGAUGUUUUUGUGUUCGCUCUCUCUCUGUUGCUCAAUCUCCGUUGCUCAGAACUUCCCCUCCUCUCGCCGAGGUGUUGUCGCUCUAACCUCUUCCUGUGUAACCAAAAUACCCCCUUUAUGUGCUGUUUAUAUGCAGCGGCAGUGGAUUGAAUUCGCCUGGCAGGAGCCGAACAUGCACUGGGCUGCCCUCUGUUAAAUCCCAUUUUGAUUGCAAACUUGGAAAAAUACUCGACAUGUCAGCAGAGCGUUGUUUGUUUUGUGGUCGUGCUCAGAGGAACAGAGCAACAGGAAAUAUUCAAGAGUAAGAGAUCAUAUCACUGGCUCAGCAGUCAUGAAUCAAACUUUUGGAGGUCACUGGAAAAACUCUUGUCCCAAACCGACAUUGUAAAAAUCCCCUAAAAAGUGGAAUCUGACAGCAGCAAGAAAAUAAUCAGCCUGUUUAUCUUCUAUUCACCAAUGAAAACUAAUGAAAAUGCUAUUAAAAAUGGCUGAAAGGAACAUAUUAUCCUGUUACGAUAGCAAGUCUAAGCUAGCAAAAAGUAGAAUUUAGGGUUUUUCCAUUUUUUUACACUCUUGUAUCUACAUACCUUUGGCAAAUACCCAGUUUGCAAUGGUUUCUAGAAUAUUUGGACAUCUCCAUUGUCGUUGGUGGCAUCUAACACCUAGCAGCCGCAGGUCAAAUGCUUGGAUGGCUGUUAGCAGGGUCCAACUUUGGCUGAUUUUUGAAUAUUUUUAUAGUUUUUCACUGGCUGUUGUCAGACUUUAUAUUUCCGUUCAAAAGACCAGGAAAUUACUGUUUUUAUGACACCAUCUAAAAUUCUAAAAUCAAGCUUUAGCAAGUCUACCAAUUAAUUUUCAAAACCAACACUGUGAUUUACUCUCCGAUAAAAUUGCAAACUUGUUUCUUUCACAAUAGGAGUCAAAAAUAUACUACUGCAACUACUGCUUCAUAGUAGUUAAAGUUAGCAGCUUACAACAUUAUAGCGGUGUAAGCAUAACGCUCUUGUGGCUACAUGCUUUUGGCAAAUACCCAGUUUGCAAUGGUAUCUGGUAUAUUUGGACAUCUCCAUUGUUGUUGGCAGCGGUCACAGGUCGAGUACUUGGCCAGCAGCGUCCAAAUUUGACUGAUUUUUGAGUAUUUUUAUAGUUUUUCACUGGCUGUAGUCAAACUUUAUAUUUCCGUUCAAAAGACCAGGAAAAAACUGUUUUUAUGACACCAUCUAAAAUUCUAAAAUCAAGCAUUAGCAAGUCUACCAAUUAAUUUUUUAGAUCAACAACAUAGUGGUGUUAGCAUAACCAAUAUGAGGGAGAGCUAGCAAAUGCCAGAAGUCAAUGUUGAGUUCAUUUUUACACAAGUAUCUGAAGAGUUCUUGCUGUCAUUGAGUAUUUAAAGCUCCUGUGAGGAACUGUCAUUUGUGUAAAUUAUGGCGCCCCCUGUGGACAAAGCAGUCUUUGCUUAUCAUGUCCUUAACAUGCUUAAGUCGUAUCUUCUCACAAUUUUAUGUAAAUAUUUUACCUGGAAUUUUUAAAAAUGGGACAGUUUCAAACAUCAAAAAUGACAAUAUAGAAAUCGUCAGUUUUGUAGCUGAUGGUCUUGUUUGCUUUUGUCUAUCAUGAAGAGGCAUCUAUAUGAGUUUCGGUCUAUUUUAUGAUUAUAAAAAAACUCCACACAGGUUCUUUAAGUCUAAGUAUCAGCAAUGGUAUCUAGCUUGAAAAAUCUGUUUGUUUUUAUUGAAUCUGCCUUCAGGAAUGGGCAGCGAGCCUGGCUCAAACAUUUGUUUUGGUCAUCCAAAAUCAGCUCCACCCGUCCUGAUAUCCAUCUCCUGUGCCCAGUCCUCCUGACCUCUUAUCCCACUCUUUACUAGAGUGGAAGAAAUCUCUUCGUUGGCUCUUCCCGUGUUGUAGCGGGUGAUUCCUCUCCUCUCAGCUGUCUCUCCAAGGCUUCUGCAGUGUCAUCAACACGCACGCAUAUAUGGUGCUAUCCCCUCCGCUCGGUUCAUUGCUUCCUCUUCUUCACCUCGAGGGUGAAACCGUAAUUUUCUGCUGCUGAAUAAUCCCACUGAUGAGAACAGUAUCUUCUCCGUGAGGCUCACAGCUUCACCUCGCUCGUACGGAGGCUUUGGUGAACACAGAUUAGCAGUCCUCAGGUGUAUUUAAAGUCAGGUGGAAUGUCGAUAGUGCCUGCCGGUGUUCACACCACAGAUGGUUUGGAUUCCAGCAUCCAGCGGAGUUUAGUUAAGGCCUCCUUGUGCUGCUGCUCAAAUGAGGUAUUCCAGGAAUGGGCCCUGUCGCAGAGCUCCCAGCUAUGCAUUAUUAAAAGGUCUCCUUAAAGAGCUGAGUGGAAAGUCCCAUGACUCAGAUCCAUAGAUUGAUGCUGGGUUUGCGCCUUAGUGGUGCUUCCGAGCCACGAGUUAGUGGACAGUCACAGAGGAGAGUCGACGCAGUGUACAGGAAAGAGGAAUGAGGCGAUGUCUGCUGGCGUUUGGCGUAUUUCUUGACUACUGUUAUAUUUGCUAAUAUGCAUUUAUCUGUUAAAUCACGCAUGAGUAUACUUUCAUAACUCAGCCAACUGCACUGUCGGGUGUUUAUAACACGUGGGCAGAGAAAAUUAGCUAAGGAAGGGAUGUGACAAUAUAGAGGGUUGGCUAGCGGCUAGCUUUGUGACAAAUCCCGAAGAUUUACUAGCGAAGUUACUUCUUAAUUUUGUUGUAGCUAAAGUGAAAGCUAACAAGCAAGCUAACAACCAAACUUGAUCUAGCUCUCUCACCAAAAAACCCCAGUUUGUAAAUUUAUUUGCUUUAUCGGAGCUUCCAAGCCACAAGUUUGUGGAUGGUCACUGUUGAUAUACUCAAAGGAGAGUCACCGCAGUGUACAAGAAAGAGGAAUAUAGCAAUGGCUGCUGGCAUUUGGCGUGUUUCUUGAGGACUAUUAUAUUAGCUAUUAUGCAUUUAUCCGUUAAAUUACGCAUGAAUAUACUUUCAUAACUCAGCCAACUGCACUGUCUGGUAUUUUAGACAUGAGGGUAGAGAAAAUUAGCUAAGGAAGCAAUAUGACAAGACGGAAGCUAGCUGCUAGCUUUGCGCCAAAUCCCGUAGAAUUACCAGCGAAGUUACUUCUUAAUUUUGGCGUAGCUAAAGUAAAAGCUAACAAGCAAGCUAACAACCAAACAUGGGUCAAAUCUCUCAUCAAAAAACCCAAUUUGUAAAUGUAUUCCUGCGAAUUAAACUCCAGCUGACUGCUACUCCUCCUACUGCCAGUACAAGAGUCGCCUUUUUGACAGUCUUCUUGAAAAACAGGGAAAUCUUUCUCUGCACCUUUUGUCAUUUUUAGCAGGUCCUACUAUUUAGUUUGUGCUGAAGUACAGGGGCGUGUCGAGACUUUUAAACUGGGGCGCUUUUAUAUGUACAGGUGGUCAUUACUAUUAAUUAUUUAUUAUUAGAUUACUUAAUUAAUCACUAAGAUAAUCAAUUGAAAACUCAAUUGCUUGGGUAAUAAACUGCUGCAGCCCUAGUUAUGGUGUCGGAUGACAAGAAAACGAGGACUCUUUCCUCCUGGCUGAGUGGUUCGGCACUCAAUUUCUGAGGAAAUAAUAAGGACUUAGUUUCCAACAACCAUCAUGAGCUGAUAGAAGACGCCAGGAGGAGCAGAUUGACGGCAAAGAUACACAAAAUAGAGAACCACUUAUUGCCAAGACUCCUUUAAACCUUCUAACAUCUAGAAAACAGAAAUAUUUAGAUAUUUCAAGUGCCCAGAUUUUAGAUUCAAACACUCCCUUGCUCACUCUUCUUCUUGAGGAAGUGACGGUGGCCAAAAAUGUGUUUGUUAGAAGUUUGUGACACUGUAGAAACAAAACAAUGGAAGAUGGCGGCCUCCUAUGUUGGAAAACCACUUCUUAAAGUCUUGUUCAAGCUAAAUAUUCUAAAUUAUUUCCAUAUUCGAACAUACUCAUGAGUAAUAUAUUCUAUUUUCGCCAAGCUAAAAACUACGUACUGCACCUUUAAGUCAGGCUUACACAGUCAGACCUUAAAAUAAACCCAAACGCGACAACAGCGGGUCAUUACAGUAAGAAUAAAUGCUCAUCCACAGGCCUGGUAAUAACACCGUUGGUAUGAUGCAGAAAUGCAGGAUGUUCUGAAUUAUACAUUGUGCGUUUGUUGGAACUGUUCGCUGUAAUUGCCCGGCAACACAAUAGUGGGUUGGCACACGUCCCCCCCGACUGUCAGAGUUACAUUGCGCCCCCUGUCCCCUUGGAUCCCCAGCGGCUGCAAACACACAUAAAAAAAACACUGCAAGGACACACACUCUCUUAGACGGGGUCGUGGUGUUCAUUAAGGAGCUCGGGCUCUGCCACUUGCCUCGCCGUUGCUCACUCUUCCGCACAGCUGAGCGGCCGGGAGGUCUGAAGUUUCCAGCUCUCCUGCUGGGGGGGAGAGAUAAUGUGUUAAAGUGCAAACCUCUUCUACCUCCUACAACUUUCCAUGAGUAUUUACUAUUUCUGAUAACAGCUGCGCAACCUCGAGUAUACGAGAGAGCAGCGGGUGAUAACAUGCGAGGCUAUUAUUGCUGUUAAUGGUCUGUUUAUUCAAUGGCUUUUGAAGAUAAAAGGAUGUACUUUAUUAGAGAUACUCAUUCACUGCUGCAGUUGAAACCAUUAGCCGGGGAAGUUGUUGCAGUGGAGAGAGUAUUUUCCUGAUUUUCUCAGCAGCUUGAAGGUUGGCAGGCAGUAAAAAACCCGCAGUAAAACCUCUCACCCGGCUCCAAAAUAAGCUGCAAACUCACAGAAGGAUUUGGCUUCGAUGUCGGUGCUGUAGUACCGGAGUAGUGGCAUUAAUGCUCUUUUUUUACACCUAACUAGGAGUAAAACUUGUGAAGUAGCAGUUUCAGUUUGAGGAGUAAAAAUAGUGCAGAACAAAGAAGAGAAUUGGUGGGGAAUUGUCAAGCUUUAAGGGUUCGUUUUUAUCCAAAACGCAUGUAGUUGGAGAGUCGAGAGGAAAAUGUACGUCGGAGUUUAACCAGGAGGAGACCAGGGUUCAAAAAGUUGGUAAGAGGGUCGAUUGGUAAAAGAGGAUACUCAACGUCCCUUAAAGACUUUCCAGGUCAGAUUUGAGGCCAAUAAUCAGUAGCCUGGCUGGGCCAUCCAGUCGCGUGAAUCACUUGCCGUUCCUUCCCACAACAGUCUGGACUUCGGCCAAUUGGGAUCAGAAAAUAACCGGGCCAAUCAGUGACUGUGUUUCCACUGUUCCCGAGACAACAGGGAAAGGCAGCCCCUGAUUGGUCCAUGUGUAGAUGGAGACGUCUAACACAUGCUGCGGGACUUUUCAAAGCGCCGUUCAUUCAGAACGCCGUUAAUUCUGCAGUUGACUUUGCAAAGUCGGCAGAAAUCGUUUAUAUCGUCAAUGAAAACACAAUUUUCAUUUAAAACUUUUUGUUGUUAGUCAUUUGAUUGUAUCAAUAAAUUGUAUUGUUUUGUAAAGAAAAGAACAGUAAUUGUGUAUUGGCUAUCUGCUGAUCUGCUCUCAUAUGAUCGGUAUCGGCCAACGACGAACUGAUAUCGGUCGACCACGAAAUUUAUACGAAUCUGGGAUCAGAAGUAACUAUCCAUCUGUCACUUUAUGAGCUGAAUUUACAAUAUAGAAUUGACAAUACAGAUGAACAUAUCGUCAUAACUUUUGCGUUACUUAUCCUCGAGAUGUCGAUCUUAAGGUGUGCCAAAAACUGCGGGUCUUCGUCAAACGGCAUGGUCAGCACGGCGCGGAGAAGUUCGACUUUGACACGAUGUCCCGCAAUAAGAUUUCAAACUGUUCUAGCUCAGCUUGACGAAAACACAUCCGCACAAAACAUACAGCACCACCUACUGGCAACAGGAAGUUACUGCUUUUACAUGCUAUGACAAUGCCGACAAUGCCAUCAGACAGGAAGUACCUUAUUUUUCGCACUUUAAUGUGCACUUAAAAUCCUUACGGCUUGUCGGAGCACUGCAGCUACCAUAGCCUUGUAGAGUUAUUGACUGUUUUGUUUGGCUUAAUGCGCUUUUUAAUCCGAUGCGCCUUAUGCAUGAAAAUAGAUGCGUUCAUUGAUGGUGCGCCUUAUUGUGUGAAAAAUACGGUGGUUUUUUUUGAGUCACCAAAUAUGGUAAGCAGGAGCCCAGGUGAACCAUGACAUAUUUCAUACAGGUAAAGUUGCUGGGCGUGGCUUAAAUAGUGCAGUUAGCCACGCCCACAAGGACAUUUCACCUAGAAAAAUAGCCUUCGCUGGGCGUACGCACUUUUGUUUGACCUACUACACCAGACCUGAACAUGUGCAGAGGUGGGAGUGCCUGUUCAGUGCCGCUCUCAGCUUUGAUUGAAUUGGAAGUGACAUUAAAAAAAAAUCACCCAGACCUGCUGAAGUCUGUGGGGCCUUUGUUGUAGGAUCACAAGACGUGUGUUUAUCCAGAGCCACAAUGCUUACCUCUCCUGGCAGUGUGGAAUCAAAAGACUCCCAUCUGGCAGUCCACACACUCACACACACACACACACACACACAAGUCUCCCAUCCCGGACAAUGUUGCUGACAUAUGCUUUGCUCUCAUUGGAAGUGUUAUAAACAAGGACACCGAGGCAUCCAGUUACAUAAAAGGUCAUGACUUGAGGAGCUCAUAAAUCAUGCUGACAACAGGUACGCUAUCACGCACAAACAUACUCACUCUGAAUGAUGUCAUGACGAAGCGAUUUGCGCCCGGUCUCAUUUUUUAAACCCGCUGGAAAUGAUAAAGUUUCACAUUAAUCUUCUAUCUCGGGUUGUUUACAUUUCGCACGUCUAACCUUGCUUGCAAACGGCACAGUCACACUUUUAAGAUUAGGAAAUGCAGACGUGCAAAGAUACAGAUUUGCACCGAACACAAAAACCGUUUACACUCAGAUGUAAACGAGUCAACACCGCGUCUCUGCCUCUGUACGUAUGUGAUGCAAAUAAGUGGAUGUAUUUGUAAUCCUCUAAAGCUCAGGUUACUCAUUGUAUCCCUCAUGUUAUAACAAAAGCUUAUAGUGCACUUCCCACAGAUUGACCUCGACGCUGCUCCUGUGUUUAGGGAUUACUGACAAUGAUUAAUUAGCAUUUAUUCAACCUUGUAAAAGUCGGUUUAAAGAAGCUGUUAAAGUUUGUUUUGGCAAAUUUAAACAUCUCUCCUUGAAAUUAAUUUAAAAUGCAUGUUUUUAAGGGUGAUUCAUUUUUAUUCAUCUUACUAAUUUACCUUAAGUUAAAAUAAAUGUUCCUGUUGCUCGUCAGAAAAACUGAUGGUGAGUAAUCAAGAGUGGGAGACAGUGGCAGAAACCUUUUAGUGCAGAAUUAUAAUGUUCUAUCUGCAUUACAUGAGCAGUAAGUCAUUUUUUUAACGCAGCAGCACUUAGUGAAACCCAUUUUAAAAAUUGUAACCAUUAGACCAAUGACAGUACACCUGUUUUUAACGCUAUUAUUUUGCUCACGGCUACAAACUAUUUUUUCACCAUUGUUUAAAGCUCCUGUGAGGAGUUUUACGAUGUUUAUGAAACUGACUUGAAUUCAUACAGAUGCAUUUUUCUAAUAUGCAAAAGCAAACGAGGCCAUUGGCGAUAACAUUGACCUUUUUUAAAAGUAGUUUUUACUAGAGAAACUAGCGCUAAGUGAACUAGCGCAAGUUACUUAUCAAAAUUACUACUUAAGCAUGUUGAGGACAAGAUAAUCAGAGUGCGCCAAAUUGGCAGGAGCUUCAAACGGGAAGUUACGCUAACAUUACAGCUCUGUGAUGUUAGCAUUAACAUCGUAAAUAAGGAGAAACAGCUAAUUGGUGUAAAGAUGGAAGUAAGGCGCUAGUGGGUGGAUUAAAUUAAGCUGCGCUAGUUGUUUUUUUGCUGUUUCCAUUACUGAUGCUGAGGUUAGCUAGCUGUCUUCGAAAUGGAUUAUCAAAAUUACUACUUAAGCAUGUUGAGGUCUUGAAAAUCAAAGUGCGCCAAAUUGACAGGAGCCUUAAAUGGGAAGAUACGCGAACAUUACAGCUCUGUGAUGUUAGCAUUAACAUCGUAAGUGAAGACAAACAGCUAAUUGGUGUUAAGUUGGCAGUAAUGUGCUAGUAGGUGGAUUGAAUUAAGCCGCGCUUGUGGUUUUUUGCUGCUUCUAUUACUGAUGCUAAUUAGCUAGCUGUCUUCAAACUGUAGCUUUUUUAGCUAAUACAUUAACGAAUUUAAGUCAUUGAUAUUACUCGCUAUGAUCAUUAACAAACCAAAAAAAAUGCUAGCAAGAGCUUGAGUGCUAGCUUAAUGGCUGUAGUUCGCGAAAUGGAUUAGGCUAGCUACAAAAAAACAAAAUUUUAAUGUCUCAAAGUUGGGAUGUCAACAUUGUCAAGUUCCAAUAUUGGUGUAUUUGGUAUCACUUAAAAAUUCAAUAUUGUGCAAACUAACACGAUAGGAUUGUUUACACUCACCUUAGUUUGUAUUAGCUCAUUUUAGCUCGUAGAACUUUACUUUUUAUAACUAUUUGAUCUUUAAUUUGGAAAGAUUAUUACUUAACUUUUUGCGAUUUUAAGAGAGUGACAGGGCACCACACUUUUCCCAAUUUUCCCAAUCAUGCUUUCCUUGUUGACGCUACUCAGUAAUUUUAUAUUGUCAUAAUCUGGCAGCAGCUGAAAAACUCCAAAUCCAGUUAUUAGAAGCCGAUGAUAAACCAUGAAUAGUUUUCCCUCCUAGUGUAGGUGGGACUUAUUCGAGACCUGUGUGUCUCCACACUGGUGGUUUCCAGAUCUGCAGUUGUGCAGGGUGACAUGGUAUUUUCUUCCCACCUCCAGCUAAACUGGAUUAGGCGGCUGCUCUGCUCAUUAAUCUGUAAUCGCUUUAACGAAGGGUCAAUUAUAAUUCAUGUGUGCACUUACGCUGGGUGUGUUAAGACAAAAAUAGGAUUCCUGCUUUGUGCCGCCUGUGUUUGGAUUUAACCAUAAAAUUCUCCUUCCUAAACAUUUUACACAUGCAGAAGAGUCGCCACUUUUUUCCACUUUCUUUCUCUCCCUUGUAUGUUCCCACUGUCACACAUACUGCAGCUCACAUGCUCUCUCUUGAGGCCAGAUAAAAAAAAAUCUUGUGCUGUGGAAAUCACGGCACAAACCAGCGAAAAAACACGAUGAGCCGACUUGACAGCAACCUCAGCUUUUGCUCAGGGUGAUCUUAUUUUUUUUUAAAGCCAAGAGUUGUCGUUAUGUUUUUUUUUUAUCGUAAACAUUCGUUAAAGGAUACGACAGAGUGGCUACAUGUGUGUUUAAGGGUGGGUGUAUGUGUGUGUGUGUGUAUCAAGGUUGCCCUCCUUGGGAAGUAAGAGGCCUCCGAGUGUCCUUGCCUGUGGCUGUGGGAAGUAGAGCAAAACGGAGAGUGGAAGGGAGGGAAGGGGUGAUGGAAAGCGUGCAGAAAAAAGAGCAAUAGGUCACAUCUCUUUUUUUUUUUUCAGAGUGAAGGACACCUCUGCUUUUUUUAAAUUAAUGUGUGACUGUGGAGUAAGAAACAUUCAUAACAACUUGUUGCAUUGUUAUAAGCAGUGAAGUACGAUUUAUAAAGCAAAACUAACAAAAGCACAUUUGAACUCGAAGUUUGAAGUUGAAGCUUGUCUCAAAGUUUCAAAACGUCACAAGUUUCUUUGAUUAAAGGGAUAUUCCGGCGUAAAAUUGAUUAAGUGUCAAACACAGCGUAGUACAUAGUACUAGCCACCAAACAUUUUUUAAAACUUUGCCUGAAGAGACUAAACACAACUCACCUACUCUCUUCCAGCAGCCGCUUGUUUGUAGAGAGACCUCGUGCAAGUCCAUUACGGACUACAGCGGGGUUUCGCAGCUCAAGGAAGAACAUUUAUGAUCAUUUCUAUAUCAUUUCUUUGAAGUAAUAAUCAUCAUGUUAAUCAUUUUGCAGACGCGGUAGUUCUUCUGCCUUAGUGUCUCGGUCUGAUUGGAUUUCCAUGUAGAAAUGAUCAUGAAUGUUCUUCCUUGAGCUGUGACACCCCGCUGUAGUUGAUGGACUCGCCCAUAGGUCUCCAGACAAACAAGCGGCUGCUGGAAGAGAGUAGGUGAGUUGUGUUAAGUCUCUUUGCUAAAGAAACAAGACAAAGUUAAAAGGAUGUUUGGUGGCUAGUACUAUAAUUCUGUGUAUUGCUAGCGUGCGGUCGUUACUAAUGUUGGUAUAACUAGAGAAGCAAGCAGUCGGCAUCAUUCAUCUCUCGAGGGGGUGUCUAACUCGGUGUUAAGGCGUGUUUGACCCUAAAUUAAUUUUACACCAGAAUAUCCCUUUAAUUAUGAUCCAGGAUCAUUUUGACUCAUGAGAGCAGCCUCUUACAGUGUUAAAACCAUCUUGUGAGUGACAAACCAAGCAGAAAAAUAACAAAAAUAUCUGCAUACAAAUAAAAAAAUCUUUUCGUUAUAACUUGUGGUCCCAAGAUAGAUCCCUGUGGUACACCAGGGCUUGAUCUCGGGACCACUCUUCAUCAACUAAACAUUUAAAAACUAAAAUAAUUGUUGUAAAGCGUUUUUGUUCUCAUACACUUUACUUAAAACCAUAAAAUACUGCUAAUAAAAACAGUUAAAUAUGUUAUAGGAUUGUGUAUUUUAGUGCCCACCCUGGGUAUCGUCUAUUUGUGGGAAAAACUGGCACUCCUAGAGGUCAAACUUCAUAUGCUUCAGAAAAGGUUAAACAGUGUGUUUCCAAGUGGCAAAAAGAGUGUUAAUGUGUUUGCGUUUGCACCAGCACACACUAACUUCCUCUUCAUUGCGUGAACAUUUCCUCAGGCUGUGUACCAAUCCAGUGACAAGCUGAGGCAAAGCCAAGUUGAAAGGUACAAAAAGGAAAAGAAAAAAGCUGCAGAAAAGGAUAUCAAUACCGACACAUCGAUGAGUCUGCUGGCUGAAACAAAUUCAUUUAACUGUCAUCGAUUUUUUUUUUUUUGGUCGUUAAAAUGAAUCAUUAAGCAGGUCAGCUUUUAAAACAAAGAAAUAAACCCAGAGCGCCGGCGGGCUUGAAUGCGCUUUUUAAAAACACUGCAUAAACUAGUAAAAGUGUCCUUGCACUGUUGUCACUUUAAGCGCCUUUUCCUCAGAUUUGUGUUAAAUUUGCAUGUCGCACUCUAAGCAGUGUCACCUUAACUGUGCUCUGUCUUUGCAAGCCGAGUGUGUAGCUGUGUUCAAAGUGUGCACUUCUGUGUGUUCUGCUGUUGUUUAGCCGCUUCUUGCAACACCUUACUUUUGCACUAAAUGCUACGUGUGUUUCUUUGUUUGUUCACGUUGAUUGCAGCCUUUAAGAGUCCUCUUCUCUGCAUUCUUGAAUCUGCUCUGCUCUCACCUGCUCAUUUCAGCAAAACAGUGGUUGAGUGUUUGUGUUCAGCUGUGUGCAGUGUUUUCAAACUGAAGGCUGCCUUUAGCCACGUCAUUUUCAUUUUAUAUUUCGCAGCACUCCAUAAAUGUCCCGGCUAACCUUGGACUUGGUCGUUCUAGUGUAUGUAAGUGCGUUUUUCCUGCAGUUGUACCUCGCAAUAUCACUUCAUGCUCCACAGAGUGCAAGUCGUCUUACCUAACCCACUGAUUUACAUCAAAGAAGGUGUGUGUGUGUGUGUAUACUAUAUGUACGUGCCCUGGCAGGGUGCUCUAGCUGUAGGCAAAGUGUCAGCUCAUGGCAGCAGGGUGACUUUCGCUCACCAGAAGCAGAGUAGAGAUUAGUGGAGGAAGGAAGAAGCAAGAUAGGAGCAAGAGAUCUAGUUUCCUCAAAAAUUCUUCUAUAACAGAGAAAUGAGGAAGUGUAGGUUGAUGCUAGACUGGUUCCAGACGUCUGAGCUCCUGUCACUGAGAUUUUGUCUGGAAUUCCAAAAAGGUGUUGAGUUGCUCAUGAAUGUUUGACAUGUUUUAGGGAAGAUUUUUUUGGCCUUUUAUGCCAGUAAGACCAGGAAAGACAAUAUUGAAUGCUGUUGCUGUUUUUUAAGUGCAAUUUUUCCAUACAUCAUGUUUUCUUCAUCUACGAAAAUUUUAUUAAAACAACAUUAAAUGUCCCAGAAUUUCCCAGCAUCCAUUGUUGUGAAAUCCAAAACAUUUUUUUUUUCAAGCCCAAAAAUAAGACAUACCUAGUUACAAAAAAGCAGCCAAUCUUCUCAAUGCACAACUGAUAUAAAUAAGGGCCUGUGUACGUGAACUUUGUUACUGCAGGGUUAUGAAUAACUAAAAUUUAUAAGGGCCUGUGUCCAUUUGUGUUGUCACUGUAAAAGUGAGAAUAAGUCAAAUUUAAAAGGGCCUGUGUACAUUCACUUUCUUGCUGCAAAGUUCUGAAUAACCAGAACUGAUAAGGGCCUGUGUCUAUUCGCUUCAUUAUUACAAAGUUACAAAUAACUAAUAUUUGAUAAGGGCCUGUGUCCAUUUGUGUUGUCAUUGUAAAAGUAAGAAUAAGUAAAACUUAAAAGGGCCUGUGUACAUUCACUUUUUUGCUGCAAAGUUCUGAAUAACCAAAAUGAGUAAGGGCCUGUGUCCAUUCGCUUCAUUAUUACAAAGUUAGGGCCUGUGUCCAUUCACCUCUCUACUUUCAGGCUAUAAAUAAUCAGAACUAAUAGGGGCCUGUGUCCAUAUACUUUCUUGCUGCAAAAUUCUGAAUAAUCAGAACUGAUAAGGGCCUGUGUCCAUUAGCUUCAUUAUUACAAUGUUAGGGCCUGUGUCCAUUUACUCUGUCAUUGUAAAAGUACGAUAUUAACUAAAAUUGGACACAGGCCCACAUCCAUUUACUUUCCUACUUCCAGGUUAUAAAUAAUCAGAAUUGAUAAGGGCCUGUGUCCAUUGUACAACUUAAAAUCAUUUAUGGAAAUUUUGUUGCAGCAUUAGGAGUAGCUCUACACCUGGAAAUCAAACCUUGAAAAUGGGUCUAGCCCUAUUAAAUCCUUUAGUAUUAUUGCUGACAAAGCUGAUUUAAAGGACCUGGCCCCUUUUAGUUUCUAAUUAGUUAAUGAUGGAAAACAAACGGUGACUAGCAAGUUAGAUUUUUUCCAACUGAGAGCUCUGUGAGGGCAGCAGCAGAAAAUAGCUAAUAGCAAGGGUGUCUUUUUGUCUAGGAUGCUAAGCACUGAAAAUGCUAAGCUGCAGAAAAUGGACACAGGCCCUAAGACUUGAACUCUCGUCAAUCAAAUCUUCUCUUUUUUUCUGCUAACGUCAAUGUAUCGCUAAUGGCGCUGAAAAUCACAUUGAAGUAUCUCUGAGAAGGGCUUUCAGUGAUCUGUGAGGGCAGAAUCAAAGAGGAUGUCACACUGAAUAAUGGAGCGUUAACAAAAUUGUCAUUCAUCUGAAUGUCAGGCUGAGGUUAAAGUGGAGAAAAAAAACGUGUAUAUCAUGCAAGAAUCAUGAAGCAAGAUGGAUAAAGGGAGAGCAGGAGGGGUGGGUGAGGGCCAGGAGAGGAGGACUCCCUACUUGUGAGGAGUCAAGAGGGGAGGGAGUGUGAAAGCAUCGGGGGUGAGUGGAGAGCAGGAGGGGGGAAAAAAGGAUUAUACUGUGAAGGAGAGAAAAUGGGCUUGAGUGGAUGAAGGUGAGGAGCUGGGGGGAGGUGAGAGGAUGAGAUGAGGGGGGAAAUGAAAGGCAGGGUGAUUUGGUGAAUGGGGAGGUAGCAGCUGGUGCGUGAGGAGUCAGACUCUACCACUCGCUUCCUUCUUCCUCCCUAACCUCCAUUUUCCCUCCUUUUUCUGUUUUCUCCUGUUGGUAUUUUCCCAUCCUUAUCCCCCUCUCCUUAUUGGCCCUUGUACUCCCAGUGGUUCGGUCUCACUCGCCACUGUUUCUUGUUAUGCGGUGAUUAUGUUCCUCUGAGCCGGUGCAGAUGUACUUGCCGUCAAUGAUUUUGUACCAGCAUGACUGUCCUGGUGUCUGUUUCUCUAUUCUUGUCUAUUCCCAGACCUGCUGCAUCAUAUUGCAACAGACUCUCUUGUCAAAGUGGAACCGGGUUCUUGAGAAGUUAAUGUUCCUAAUACUAUAAAUACAAAUUCUAAUUCAACAUAUGAUAUGUGAAGAUUUUUGCACUGUAUCGUGGUAGGAAAAUAGAUACAAUACCACAUGAUUUGACGAAAUAAAACAAGGAGCAAUGCUGUAUGGUACUUAACAAUACAUUACAUUAAGAUGCAAAAUUAUUCAGUCCUAUACCAAACCAAACAGUACCCUGUGUAUGACACAAUGCAGUACAUUAUAUUAGGAUACAAUUCAAUAAGCUAUUGUCCAAUAUUAUUAAAGAUACAACGCAAUACAAUAUGAUACGGUAUGAUAUAAUACGAAGUGAUAGGGUAUAAUAUAAAGCGAUGUGAUGAGGUAUAAUACGUUACAAUGUGAAGAGGUAUGCUAUGAUAUAUUGUGGUUAGGUAUGAUAUAAUAUGACAUGAUGAGGUAUGCUAUGAUAAGAUGUGAUGAGGUGUGAUAUGACAUGAUAUAAUGAGGAAUGAUAUGAUACGAUUUGAUGAGGUAUGAUACAAUAUGAUGUAAUGAGUUACAUAUAAUAGGAUGUGAUGAGGUAUGAUAUAAUACAAUGUGAUGCAGUGCAAUCUGUGAUGUGAUUCUAAACAAUACAAUAGUAUAUGAUAUGAUAUGAUACAACACAGUAUGAAAUGAUAUGAUGCGAUACAUUACAACAUGAAUCAAAACAAUAUGUAACAUAACAUUAUGGUACGUUGUACAAGGUUAUGACACGGCAUUACAGGACACGUCACAUGACAAUAUAAAACAAUAAGAAAUGAUAUGAUACUAUAUACAAAUCUAUGAUGCAGUAUGAUAUAAUAUGAUACAAUAACAUACAUAGCAAUAUGAGAUAAUGUCAUACGAUACAAUAUGAUAUACUUCGAAAGGCUACAUUAUGAUACAAUAUGAUACAAUAUGAUAUGAUACAUAACAAUGAGAUGUAAUACAAUAUGAUUUGUUUCACCUGGCUUUGAUACAGUACGCCACAAUAUGAUACAAUAUGAUAUGAUACAUAACAAUAUGAUACAAAAUGAUACAAUAUAAGAUGAUUUGUUUCACCUGGGUAUGAUACAACAUGCUAUGCUACACUACUAUAUGAUACAAAAUUAAGCAAAAUGAAACUAAAGAAAUGAUUUGACACUUCACAUUUUCAUUUAAAUACUCCCUCAAUGUCAGUAUUGAGAAAUACUCUUAAAACAAUCAGCAUUUAACUAUCUGCUGUACCCUAAUGUGUCUUUAGUUCAGUGAAUACUUCUCUUUUUCCUGUUUGAAGGGAAUCUCAGGUAUCUUUCCAGAACCUCAGAAAGUCCCAGAUUUACCUGCACCUCUAAAUCACUCCUAAACUGUCCGAUUGUUCUCUCAGGAGUGUUUGGGGGAAAUCCCUCCACGAUGUGCGUUCAGUUACUUUUUUAACACAAUGAACUCGAUUGUAAAGUCCCCGCCUUCUGAAACCACAACAAAGAACUCAAGUGAAAGUUUUUCUUUCAGUUUCGAAAACAAUCAAACUUUUCAAUACGUCGAUUGAACACUUACGCGUGUUUGACUGAGCGGCUGCUUGAAGCGGAGAUUGGAUGUAGUCGGUGAACCUUGUUAUUUUCAUUUUUUAUUCAUUUCUCCAGAUGCAGAUGCAGAGUAGAGCUACAUGUAAGUGUGCAGAUGGCACCGCUAGACCCUGAGGGAACACACACACACGCACAUCCAUGCAUCCAUACUGUAUUUAGUUAGCUUCAUGACUGACUUUUGUUUACGUACCACCAAACACGUGACUCUGAUGUGCUUAUUUUUCUUUUUUUUUACACUCUUUCUUUUCCUGAGUGUCAUUUGCAUCCACUGAAUGCGGUUUCACUUUGAUUCCAGCGCUUCCCUUUUUGUCAUUUCACCCUUAAAAGCGCAGAAGUAUCCAAACUCGUCUUUUGGCUGAUGUUGUUUACAGUCCUGCUAUCUCUCUCUCAAAAUUCGGAGCUUCUCCCGGGAUUUGAUUAAUAGCUCACAUCUCACACACACACUGUGCACAUUACACUCUCAUGCCUUCCAAAAAUGAGGCAGCUGCCGCCCACGCACAAAAACGCACACUCGAUAGCUCAGUAUAACAACAUCAGAAAAUGAAGUGCCCACCCACCUACACACAGUCACUCGCUCAGAUAGCUCCCCUGCUGUGGGCAAAAAGCACACACAGAAGAGCCGUGCCAGGAUUUCAGUCUUGUCGAGGACUAGUGAGCAAUAGGUCUGCGCACACAGAAGCACAAACGCACACAUGUGUGUUAUGGCAGGAUCACUUCUGCUCAGAUUAAAGAUGAGUCACAGAGCAGGAAAACACAAACACACACACUGAUGGAUGGACUCAUAAACUGACCGUAAAAGCAUGUGUCGUCCGCCCCGCGGAGCGUAAAUAGCACAUAUUGUUCACUUCCUCACACACACAGAAAGGACAUGUAACAUAUUAUCUAUAACCUACUUAUGCUAAUGUUCACUCACCCACUCUGCGUCUCCCACACACUCACAGUGACACACACUUUUACGCUCUCGUACCCUUCCACACAUGUGCCGGCAGACUGACGUUAAUUCAUCGAUACUAACGCACGCGCACGUAGAUGUGGCGGCGUGGGAGGUCGUCAAGUCGUAAGUAGGAAUGGCACAGGCUGGAGAGUUUGUGUGUGAGUGUGUAUGAGUGUGUGUGUGUGUGGAGUCUUGGCGAUCUUGUCAGCAGAUUGUGUUGAUAUUUGGCAGCUUUGGGCAUCUUCACACAUUCAAUGUUAGAGGCGUACGAAAUGUUGAGUCCUUCAAAAUAAAGGUCACAGAACCAUCAGAGCUAACCCACUUUCUCCUGAAGUUGAAAUUUGUUGCUUUUCAAAAUUUCACGUGGAUCUACAUCUGCCAAAUCUACAUCUGCGACUCCUCCCCGGAGAUAAAUCCGACCAUUUGGGAAGCAUCUUGUCUUAUAAUUAACGCAGUGACUAAAUAAAGAUCGCUAAAAUGACAUUUGCUUCCGCUCCCUUCUGUUUGGUUUGGCCAAAAUGACUUCCUGACAAACGCUGACAUACGAGAGUCUAAAAUUAUGAUUACAAGAAGUCCUCAGCAUAUUGACUUUGCAACCGUUUUAGGCUUUAAAAAUGGCAAUAAAGACAUUGCUGAUCUUCACAUCUUAAAAAUGGUCGAUUUCUCGUUCUUGUUGUGAACAGAAAAGUUUGUCAAUCGGUAGGUUGUAUAACCCAGAAGAUACCUGAAUGUGUUGCGAUCUCCAUCUCUAAGGACCUAUAUCUGUCAUACUCGAGGACGUUAAAACAUUUCCAACCAAGUAACAAAGUUUUGCUAAACACUGGAUGCCCCACAGUGGUGCAGUAAACACACAUCAAAGAUCUAAACCCAGAAGAUAUGCCCACAGUGUUUUGAAAAAGAAACAACAACAAACCAACAACAAACCUCUUCAGUUAAAACUGCAGUUCCUCAAGUGUCCACUUGGGGCUUGCUCCAAAUGAAGAGGAGACCCUAUUGGAGCCCAUUUAUAAAUCCCAUAAUUAAACAUUAUAGUACAGCAGGGGUACAAAUUCUGUUUUGGUCACUUCUUUUUUCUUAAUUUGUGAAAAAAAAACUGCAAAUAUAUUAUUUAGAUAACAUGAAUUUUGAUGAUAUUAAAGCUAAGAGUUUUGCAUGAUGACAUUAUCUUGUCAUGAUUAUCUUCUUUCUUAAGAUAGUUUCCAACAUGGCGACCUAGGGCUGGGCAAGAAACCAAUACCCAAACCGAAAAUUUACGAUACCGAAAUUUACAACUAAACCCAACCUUAUUUUGCCCGUAUAGGUAAAUUCAGUGUCAAAAAUAAAUAAAUCAAAGUUUGUUUUGGAUGUGUGUAGGUAGGCUAUGGUCUCAUAUCCCUUUAUGACGCUGUUCUAUGUCAGAGACGUGACUCCACCCCAUCCAGUCUGUAACAAAGAGGGAAAGACAGGUGAGGAGAUGGAGGACGGUUCAAAAGUUGUAGCGGCUGAAGUAGACGAAGUUAAUGUCCAUUUAUCGUUAUCAAGGUAGACUGCUCAAUAUAUUGUCAAAUUGAUUUGAGGCCGUAUCGCCCAGCCCUAUGGCGACUUCAUGUUUUGGCCUUCAAAGUAUCUCUACAAUAUCAAAUGGAGAUAACACUUAUAAAUGAUAACAAUAAUAAUAAUAUUUACGACCGUUUCUCCAGAAAUCUCUCAGUCAGCAUCAUGAAAAAAAAACUUUUUAUCUUUGCCACAGGAAAGACAAUUGCUGUGUUAUUCAGCUUUGGUAAAUGGGAUAUAAAUAUAAUUUCCACAGUGUGGGUAAUCUUAAUUUCAUGGACAGACUGUUUCCUUAUGACUCACAUAUAAAAAUGUAUUAAAAGAUAGCCGGCGACAGAAGCCGUUUGGCAGAGGAACCAGACGAGCGCCAUAAAAAGAGGAUAGAUGUGAAGGAGAAAGACUGAACACACAGAGGGCAGACUGGACCGGAAUAACACAAAAUCAAUCCAAAUCCUUUGUUGGAGGAAGAUGGAGGUCGAGUAGAAGAAGUGGGGAGGAAAGAUUUUAACAAACAAGACCUAGCGUACGAGCAAGAUAUGCAGGGGCUGGUGCUAUAGGAUGAGGCAGACGCAGAUUGAUGGAUCGCCGGAGGAGAAAUGGAGGCGAAGGGAAUGGGCAGGAGAUGAGAGGCAGAUGCCGAGAAAGAGGGUUCUGCUUUAUGUUGGCGGAUGGCGGUGGACAGCUUGUGUAGCUGGGAGAGAUAAGAAACUGGGGGGGAAAUGAGGAGUAAUGUGACAAAAAAGCCUGCAGACACAAAAUCUGGGCCUGGAAGAGGUCCUAAUGUGUUGUGUCAGUGUGACGGUGGGACUGUUGUGAAGCCUGUGAUACAGAUAAUCACUCGAUCAAUCGGUUUGUAUUAAAAUGACACCGAUUGAAAGUUAUCAGACUCAACAGUUUUCUCCUUCACUCUUUGGAAAAGUGGCGAGGAUAUUUUGUCCAAGAGCUGGUUUUGUGGACAAAGUUGUCACUCUGGUGCUGCGUUCCAGUUACCUUAGAAGUUAGAUGUCAGAGCUGGGAAUGACGUCACACCUGAGUUAACGGCGUUCCAGUAAGCAAGUCAAAAAACCAAGAUGGACGCCUUUGUUAUUAGCUGUUGUUAGCCGUUGUUAGCUGUUGUUAGCCGCUAUCAGCUGUUGUUUGUUGUAAGCUGUUGUUAGCCGUUAUCAGCUGUUGUUUGUUGUUAGCUGUUGUUAGCUGUUGCCAGCUGUUGUUAGCCAUUGUCAGGUGUUGUUAGUUGUUGUUAGCCGUUAUCAGCUGUUGUUAGCUGUUGUUAGCUGUUGUUAGCCAUUGUUAGGUGUUGUUAGUUGUUCGCUGUUGUCAGCCGUUGUCAGCUGUUGCUAGCAGUUGUUAGCUGAUGUGAGUUGUUGUUAGUUGUUGUUAGCUUUUGUCAGCUAUUGUCAGCGGUUGUUAGCCGUUAUCAGCUGUUGUUUGUUGUUAGCUGUUGUUGGUUGUUGUUAGCUGUUGUUAGCUUUUGUUGGCCGUUAUCAGCUGUUGUUAGCUUUUGUUAGCCGUUAUCAGCUGUUGUUAGCUGUUGUUAGCUGUUGUUAGCUGUUGUUAGCCAUUGUCAGGUGUUGUUAGUUGUUCGCUGUUGUCAGCCGUUGUCAGCUGUUGCUAGCAGUUGUUAGCUGAUGUGAGUUGUUGUUAGUUGUUGUUAGCUGUUGUUAGCCAUUGUCAGCUGUUGUUAGUAGUUGCUAGCUGUUGUUAGCUGUUGUUAGCUGUUGUUAGCUGUUGUCAGCUGUUGUUAGUAGUUGCUAGCUAUUGUUUGUUGUUGUUGUUAGCUGUUGUUAGCUGUUGUUAGCCAUUGUCAGUUGUUGUCAGCUGUUUGCUGUUGUCAGCUGUUGUUAACAGUUGCUAGCUGUUGUUAGCUAUUGUCAGCUAUGGUUAGCUAUGGUUAGCUUUUGUCAGCUAUUGUUAGCUGUUGUUAGCCAUUGUCAGACGUUAGCGGUUGUCACCGGUUGUUAACUGUUGUUCAGCAGUUUUCAGCUGGGAUCUGAGUGGGCGGGGCUGCUUUGGUAAGAAGAUGCUGAUUGGCUGCCUCGAUUUUGCAGACAGAUGCAGAGGCGGAAAAACACCAGAUCAAACAUAGUGAGUGCUCCAGGUUUUGGACUUUAGAAAAGACUCUUAAGUGCAUUCUGAUAUGUUUUACAUCAUAGGGGGUCUUUAGGUUGAAACUUUGGCCUGAAUUGAACACACAGGUGGACAGCUAUCUGCCUCGAACUCACAGGAUCCUGUCACAGAGGACGAACAGACACCAGCUGGAUUGUACGUCUGCUUCAUUUCAUGUCUAAUCUACCAUAACAGAAUAUUCUGCCGCGAACCAAACGUCUGUUUUUAUCAUCCAGCGGGCGCAUUUCUACUAAUGUCUCAUUUAAUUAUAGCCCCUAACUUACUAAGCACUUCUCCUAGAUUGCCACCAAAGCCCCGGUGUACCCAAAAACCAGAACAACAAAAGCAGAUGGAGAGAUUAAGAAAAGACUGGAGGCGAGGCCAUUAGCUGAUGAAAGCUAGUUUAAUGAUACAUCUCUUCACCUUGGACGUGAAGGUGAGUUUUGGAUCUAUUCUGGUCCUGUCUGAUUUGAUGCGCGGUGCAGAUGUGAGAUGAAAGAUCAGAGGAGGUAAAAGGCGCGUUUUCAGAAAAAACAAGUUUAUUUUAAGCAGGAGAUAAAUCUGUUUCUAUCUUUGCUUUGUCUUAUUCUUCUCGAAUCCUGACGAGAGAAAAAAACAAAAAGCAAAACAAGACCCGACAGACUGAGCUUUUGUUCUUGUUCACAUGGGAAUAAAAGAGCGUCAGACUGAAUGAAUCAGCAAUGCACACAAAAAAAAAAUCAACAUAUUUCUGUAUUUAAGGAGCUAAAAAUACUUCGCUGCCCUUUUUGGGUUCUCUUGCACUCUUACAUAACAUUAUAGACGGCGAUAUUAUACAUCCUAAAUCCCCAAAGUAAUGAGGUCUGUGGACAGGGAGCACCAGUGAAAGACAUUAAUGCCUGUAAAUGAGCAUUUAACCCUGAGUUUGAGCUCUGUAUCCUCCACAAUCUCUGAUAUAAUCCGGAUGAUUUAACCCUCACUGCAAAGAGAGGUUAAAGUCAGAAUAUGAGGCUGAAACUGAUAUGAAAUCUAUGAAAUUUUGAUGAUUUUUUCACUAGUUUUUGUUGGAUAUUAUGGACAGAAGGGAGAGAUUCAAAUAGGAUGCUGUGGAUUGUGACCUAAAAAACUCCCUUCUGGAAAUACGUUAAAAUUAGUUUGAUUUUUACGACACCAUCUCGUUGCAAAAGAGUUGGAACAAAACACUUUUCGAAACAGUUAGAAAAUGUUUUCUGGGUGUUUAUUUAACAUUUCACAACUAAGUGGGUUAGUGUGCAACAGGUUAGUAACAUGACAGCGUCUAAAAAGAGCGCUCCAGAGAGUCUCUUGGAAGAGGUUCACCACUCUGAGAGACUGCCAAAGCAAAUAAUCAGAGCAGCAGUGAGGCAAUUUUGGUUUGUGUUGAUUUUGUUUUGUGGAUGUGAAGCUUGUGAUGAAUUAUAACGCUGUCUGUGCGAGUUUGUGACAGAAGAUGAUUAAAAAAGGGUUAAUGUCAAUCAUCUGGUCCUGUUAUUCUUGUUGCUGAUGGUUUGUUUGAUUUUGAAUCAUCUUUAUCAGUUCCAGUCUGUUUCUCCAUCAGAUUAAAACUCCCUACAACACCUUUUAAACAGUUUUGAAAUAUUGUCCCUCAGUGUAGACUUUGUAAAGAACUUCAACAUGAUAUCUUUAAAAAGAACAGAUGUGGCUUUGUAGUGUAAGUCACCGCAUGGGCUCAAAAUCAUUGUCAGUGUGAAGGAUGUUUCUUUCACUCUGGUUACUCCUUGAGCAGUGUUGCCAACCUAGCGCCUUUUUGAUAGAUUUAAUAAAAAAAUUAUUUUCAAAGAAGUGCCUAGCAACAAAUCUUGCAACUUUUAAGGCCCCUCUAGCAACUUUUUUCUCACUCUGGUCACUCCUUGAACAGUGUUGCCAACCUAGCGACUUUGUUGCUAGAUUUAGCUACUUUUCAGACCCCCCCAGUGACUUAUUUUCAAAAAAGCAUCUCGCAACAAAUCUAGCCAAUUUUCAGAACCCCCUAGCGACUUUUUUUUAAAGUGCCUAGAAGCAAAUCUAGCGACCCCCCUAGACCCCCUAGCGACUUAUUUUAAAAAAGCAUCUAACAACUUAUCUAGCUACUUUUAAGACCCCCUUGCUACUUACAUUCCAAAAAAGGACCUAGCGACAAAUCAAAAUUUUUUUAGGCCCCCACGACUUAUUCUUCAAAAAAGGCGCCUAGCGACAAAUUUAGCGACUUCUCAGAUCCCCCUAGUGACUUUUUUCAAAACAUUCCUGGCAACAAAUCUAGCGACUUUUCAGACCCCCCUAGCGACUGUUUUUCAAAAAAGCACUGAGCGACUAACGCUGUGCGACAGGCCCCCCCUAGGUCCCGAUUUUAUUUAAAAAAUAGCGCCUAGCGACAAAUCUGGCGACUUUUUCUUGGUUUAGAGACUCUAACAUGAACGCAGGUAUUGAUGUUACUCUUCUUAACAGGUAGCCGGUGCUCCCCCUCCUCCCAGGGGUGGGGGGGGUCGUCGUCAUUGCUGAGUUUGAUGGAGAAAUUAUACAAAUUAGGUGACGACGUCAUCUAGCAUCUCCUAGCGACUUUCCUUACUGAGGAGUCGGCAACACUAGCUACGUUUACAUGGAGCCAAAUAUUCCGAAUAGAAUCGGAACAGAAGCCCAAUCGGAAUGAAAAUGCUCCAUAUAAACACCUCAUUCGGAAUAAACAGGCCCAUUCCGAAUGGAAUUUCAUUCCGAUUCACAGGGGUAGAAUAUUCCUUUUCCCAUUCCGAUUAAAAGCAAAAUCCUGUCAUGUAAACGGUGAAUCGGAAAGUUGUCAGGCUGGGUUCUGUCUGCGCAUGCUCUGUCCUGAUGUAAACAAGCAGUGACGUAUGACUCACAUGGUGGGACAUCAUGUGACAACAUCACGUGACAACAUCACGUGAUGUUUGAAGGUAUCACAUGUCUGUAAAUAGCUGUUCCGAUUGAAUGCCGUGGCACAUGUAAACACCAGAUCAGAAUAGAUCGCUUCCAUGUAAACAGUUCGCCUGGGAGCUUCAAUCGGAAUGAUUAUAAUCCGAAUGAGAAAAAAGUCUGCAUGUAAACGUGGCUACUGUCUUUAAGUCGUAGGAGGGGAUCGAUCCAGAGCAGGACCUGAUUGGCCCGAGUGAAGCCAGGUGUGGGAGGCUGAUAUAAGUCAUUGAGCUCCAGUGGAGAGCGCUGACUCAUCGUCUCGUCAUCCGUAACACUUACAGGCUCUCUCUCUCUCUCUCUCUCUUUGUGCUCCUUCCAGUUUCGACAGUGUGUCCAUUUCAUCACCUCACACCUUUUAAGAUUAGGACUCUGUUGACUCUUCUUGGUGUCUUUGCUUUUUCACUCUUUUCAGAUAAACUCCUCUGCAUCUUUGCCUGUUUUUUCGUGAAUCGGUUAAAGAAUGAUUCCCUCAAAAUCUGAUUCUGUUGCAGUUUCAACACGACCUCAAAAAUCACAGUUUUGGAGUCACGUUGAGAGUAAAACAAGCAAAUCAGGAGCUUUACAAAACACUCGGAAAAUAAAAGAAAAGGACUGAAACUCAGAGGGAAUUGUUUAUUAAGUCUGUCGAGUUGUUCGGGUUUGUGAUUGCGCCGCUUCUCAAAUUGCCGAGAACUUCGCCGCUGUGAUAUUAGUAUUCAGAAGCAGCCUGGCUCGGUAGCAACAGUUUCUAAUCAGAGUCAUGGGGAAACUUCUGGAUGAUGUGCUGUAUGCUAUGAGUCAACACACUCAUCAUCAACAGGCCACCGGCAUAAACUCUCUCCCCGGGUAACAGUCGACACACACACAAACACAAAUCUUAUCAGCGUUUGUCCAAACUGAGUUCAGAAUCCAUCCAACACCGGGAGGGGAGAAAACAAACAUGUACACGGAGGACGGUAAUUGUGCUUCAUCUGAUCAAUAUGCAUGAACGCUUUUACUAUUAGAUUCGACAGAGAGAGAUGGAGGGAGGUGGAAAAUGAAGAAGGAGAGGAUAAGAAAAGAGGAGCAGGAGAGCGCUAAUCCAGCAGCUUUUAAUAUAGUGCGUAUCGAUCGAUGCUGCGUCCCUACAGCCGCUUUAGGAAGCUCUACAAGAUAAGUGAUGUUCUUAUUACAGAAACUUAACACUGAAAUAUUUUAGAUUUAUUCCCACGGCGCCGACAUUCAGACAAAACCUCAAAAAUACACUUAGUGAUCGUUUUAGAUCGGCAUCUGAAGAGGCGGUUCUCAUCAGGUUUUAGAAAAAGUAGCUUCAUAGUUGAGACUGAGUCAGAGGAUGUUCGAUCUGAUUCCUCCCACCGGCAGAUGAUAUUUGUUUUUAUUGACGUAACUUUUUUCUUUUAGUCAUAAAUCAUUAAAGAGACUUGCCAACCGUAAUCCUAGUGGGCGGUAAAAGAUGGCCAGAUGAUCCCGAAUCUGAGACACAAACAAAGUCCUCAGUCCGAGCAGUAGAAGUGCAGACUACAUAGAUGUACACCUCAAUCAUCAACUACAUGGCCACAUGGAAAUAUUAGAUUCUGCACUUUGUGACAGUUGUAUAUAAACUUUUUUUAAGCACCAAUACUUAACAAAUGUCCAUUGAUGAGUAACUUCAGGGACCCUUAGCUAGUAAUCUAAGAUAAACGUGAAAUAACUUCACUUUAUCACAAGCUUCUUAGCUUGUUUUGUGUUGUAAAUCAGUCACAUCUAUCGUAUUGUGCGGGUUCUAUCAGUAGACAUGUUGUUAUGAUACUUUUGCACACAAGCUAUCAUGUAGUGUGUUGUUAUCGCCUACUAUUAGCUAGUGUAGCUAGCAACAUCAACCAGCUUAUGGCUAAACAACUUUCAGAUUUGUAUCUGGAAUGUGAAUUAAUUUCUAACUCUAGUAUCUAAAAAAUGGAAUGCACCAUUAACGACCACCAGUGAAGUGGGCGUGGCCUGUUUUUUUCUCUAUAAAUCAUUUCCAAUGGGCUGAAACGGGCUGAAAAUGACGUCACACCUGAGUUACCAGCGUUUCAGUUACCAAAUCGAGAAAAAAAAGCACAAUCGGCUGCAUUGUCCGAAUAAAAGGCAAGCACUCAAAUAACUUUCGUAGAUGUAGCCAUCUUGUAUCAGGCCUCUGAUUUAGCUUUUUUCUGACUUGGUUACUGUAGGUGUGACGUCAUUUUCAGCUUGGAUCUGACUUCUGAGGUAACUCGAAUGCAACAUAACAACAAAUCAAAAAUUAACAUUAACAGAUCUGAACUUCUUCCAUGAUUUCACUUAUCAGACAAAAUCUCCCCACAGUCCAAGACGACUGAAAAUAUCAGUUGCCUUCCAAAGAGUAGAGAUAUCUGUUUUUCUGCCUCUAGCAAAAGUGCGCCGCCAGUUAGUGACACAACACUUGAUUUGUCCCGAUUUGAACCGUCAUGGCAUUUUCAAAAAUUUUCAGCAGGCAUUAAAGGAAAAUUGGGUCAAAUAUUUGGGCUGUGAAAAUAAGGGCCUGUGUACACUGAAUGCUUUUGUUUGCCUCAGUUUUAAGGCGUUUCUUGCCUCUACUAGCAUGAAAGCUGUCCUGGAGCUCUUCUACUUUAAAUGGCAGUGAUCGGAAAUCUCAGUCCUCAUUUCUCAGUUCUCAUUUUCUUUCACAAAAUGGAGAUUAACAAAGAAAGCAUGAAAACAGUUGUUACAAACCAUGUGGUAUCAUUAGCGGAAAUGUGACUAAAACAAUUUGAUUGAUUGAUGAUUAGCGUGACAGUGUUGAGCUAUUUUGAACAGGUAAAAAACAGCUGAUCCCACAAGCUUGGUUGUAUUUACGACUGUGAGCCUUGAAUGCAGACAGUGGAAACAGGCCCUUAGCCGUUCUACAUACUUUUCCCAUUCUUCUUAAUUCUCCACACUUAUCCAGAUUUUCAGCCUCAUUUUUAAACCUUAGCCUCAAAUAGAGGAGCAAACCUUUAAAAGAAACAGUGAUGCUGCUUAUAAACCUUUAAGUGUGUAGAAAUCUGACCUCCUAUGCAGAUAAACAACACAGACGUAUUAAACUCCAUCAUGCUUAAUCAAAAGUGAUGAAGUGUGUUCGGUUUAAUUUCUCUCUUAAAGUAUUCGCCAGAUUGCUCUGCCUUAUUGCCCAUCCAUCCUCAUGUUAGUAGAGCAUUAGUCUGCUGCACCAUUGUGCGAGGAAGGAAGGAAGACGCCUCAGCCUCGCUGGAGUCUGCCUGCCGGUGUGACUGGCAUGCUAAUCAAGUGUACGACCAUGCUAGGGGGGUAUGGCCCACAUACAUUCACCUUGGGUUCACAUACACACCGUUCUUGCUUUCCAGCCCCAUCUUGAGACUUAACACAAUUUCUCUCCUCAAUGAUUGAUGCUCCCCCUCUCUCCUCUCUGGAAGCCCCGCCCCUUACAGCAGCUCAUUGGUCGUCGCCGAACUGUUCGAGGGUCAUGGAGGAGAAGCAGAACAGACUGCAGAGCUUUUUUAUGACUCACUCUGUUCUGCAGGCAGGUUGAGCUUCUUUAGAGGGGACUAAGUGGUGAAGCCUUAGGUGUUUAGUGGUCUGGCAAAGCAACGCCAACAGCUCUCGAAACUGAAAUAAUGAGAUAUUCAUGAGUUUCACCUCCUCAGCAUCUGCAGAACACUGCUAUGCUGAAUUGUUUCCUGAUAACAGAGAUAGAGAAACAAGAAAAUGUUCACUUCAAACAUUCAUUCUCAUUCUUUUACUCUAUGUUGUGUUCAUUACAUGUUAUUUGCGAAGAGUACCACCAUCUUUUUUGCAUACUUGGCCCUAAAGAGGAGUGUUUUGCAGAAGAAGUUUUUGUAGAUGCCUGAAAACUGUCAGUUGACUGUGAGUCGUCCAAUGUUGUGAAGCAGUAGCCGACUUUUCUGGGCAUCAGUAGCCAGUAGCUAACAGUACAAGACUUCCAAGACAAGACUUCUUUUUUUCCAUGUGUUGCUGUUGUUUACAGUCUGACUAGCAGCUUGAGGAGAUAGAGCGGACUUGGUGUUGAGAAAAACAAUGUCUAAUCGUGACAAAUUGGAUGCUAGCUAAAGCUAAAUCUGCGCCAUAAAGCUGCCAAUGACUUUCGCAGUUGCAUUGCAGUCAAGUAACUCCACCCCUUUUUGUAGAUGGGCUGUUUUUCCUCCUUUGAGUCAAUCACAUUGGAAGACUAAUUGAGGAUACUUCUUAGAUCGUGAAAACCAGAACACUUCUGAUACCAGAAUUUGGUCCACCCAUACAACAAGAUGAGUUAAUGCCUGUAUGUGAGAUAUUAUUAAAAACUGACUUUGUCUUUAAACUCUUAACUUGAUGUUUCCAGAAGAAUAAUGAAAGAAACCAGGUUGAAAUGUACGAAUUUAUCCCAGCGUUUGAGUAGUUUGAUUACUCAAUAUGCUGAUGACUAUCUGCUUUAUGUUACAGAUUGUAAAUUUAGUUUUCCUUUCUUUUAAUUAUGUUCGGGCUUCUUGCUUUUGUUUGGUAGAAGAGCUGGAAAAUAAAGAUGAGAGAGAGGAUGAUGACUAGACUAAAAAAUAUCUACAGUGUACGAUAUAGUUUAGAUAUACUGUAGGCUACUGUUCUCCACGCCGACAGGAAGACUGACUGAUCAUAUCAGUAAUAUUCCACGUAUUUAUCAUGAAUGAAACUCGGACCAGAAAAGCGUUUUUAAUCUUAGUCUCCGCAUUUUAUUUCUGGAAAUAUGGGCGAAAUCGACGAGUUUUGGCCGAUUACCGAUUAGUCUUAGAUUUAAUUGUCUCGCCAAUGAAUCGGUGGAGCCCUACCCGUGAUGCGUCUUUUUUCCCCCAGAAAGUCGCAAUAUUUCUGAAUAUUUCGUAAUUUUGCAUCGUAUAUUUUCGUCAUUCCCGGUGUGUAAGGACCUUUAGUGUAGCGUUGUUUGAGAUUGUUAUUAUUAUUAGUAGUAGUGGUGGUGUUUCGAAUUAAAUAGACCAUUUAUAUGAUAAUUUUGAUUUCACUUACAUGUUUACCAGUGUUCACUAAUGUCCUGAACAUUAAAUAUGUUAUUCUUUAAAAAAAAAAAAGUAGGUUGUGUUCAAUGAAAAAUCAAAAUUGUUUUUUUUUUCAACCUAGCAUCUCAGACAGUUCAAUAAAACAUUAAAAAGCUGUAAUUGAAAUUUCACAAUGAUAUUUUUGUUUAAAACUAUUGUCCAAUUAAAAUCACAUCCCAACCUUUGUUUAUAUGAACGAUGGGGCGCCUCAGUCAAACCAGCUUUCAUCAAACUGAUUAUCUUUGAUUGUGCUAACAGACGACAAAGGCUGAUUUUAUUGAACAUUCUUGGCUGCAGCUCUUGUUAUUAUCUCAAACCUUUAUUUUUUAACCAACACUGACGGCGUCUGCACUCGUUUGACCGCAGAAGAAGAUGAUUGGAUAGUUGCGGUUGCCUUUACUUGAUGAGUAAUGAUUCUGCGGCGCAUUAUGACUAAUACAUAGAUUUCAUAGCAAAUAAAGACAGGGAGUGUGAUUGUGUUUCAUGCAGUUAUAGACUCACAGUUAACUCAAUAUACUGGUCUGCAAAGCUAACAGGGGGUUUUCAUUUGUGCACAGUUUAACAAAUUACAGAUAUGAGGUAUGAAGCACUCUCGUACGUUCGCCGAGUUCGUCCUCCUGCCGCGCCGUCAAUCACUUCCCCCCGUUUAAUAACGCACGCCGGGAGCUUUAGAUCUGUUUGCGGGGAGGAUCACGCUGUUUUUGCAUGUUAAUUCAAAUCCGAGAUGAGGCAAAGAAAUGAUUCAGCGCCGCUCCUCCAAACUGUUGACAUCUUCACAGGCUGUCUCCACUCAAGCCCAGAGCUAUUUUCAGACUGUUGUUAGUGAGGAGCCAAACGCUUGUUAUUUUUUCUGCCUGCGAUCAUCCGCACUACGAGAUAUUGUCACUCGCUCCCUCCCUCCUCCGCCAUUCUUUCUCUAUCUCGCUCCGUCUUAACGCGGCCUGUUUGUGCGCUCUGGAUUUCAUGCACAAGUUAAUUUGAAUGAACAUAUUUGUCCUUUCUGGCUCUCUCUCUGUGUGUUUGUGUUAGUAUAUACUGUCUGUGUGUUUACAGUAGAGUGUCAGGGGGUCAGCGUGUGGAAAAUGCUGAUAAGCUUUCUAAGGAGCUCGGGAUCAGACCCCCCAUAUCGCACAUAUAUAAACGGAAAAGUCUCAAACAUGUCGGUCGUCGGUAUUUGUUCGUCUGUUUUAAGGCUUUUAAAGUAAGCGAGUGUGUUUUUAUUCUACAAGCUGUUGCCGUAAACGUAGCAGGAUCAAAGUGACCCCCGUAAAGUGGCGAAUAAGUGGAUGAAGUGGGAAUAUGGUUUUUGGCCGACUUUGCUGCGAGUGAAAGCGCACAAACACACACGUGGUCACCUUCUGGUGUUUGUUAUAUCCCCGUGUUUAUGUUUGUUUGUUAUUAACCCUCAGCGACGCCGGCAGACAGUAAAGCUGAGUGAGUGAGUGAUGAGGGUUUUUCUCUCGGAGUAAGAGCCUGUUGGUGUUCAGGUGUUGCUUUGAGGUUUCUUUGACAGCGGGUUUUUACUCUGUACUCCGGUUUGACAAGGCCAGGUGUCUUCUUUUGUUUAAGAUUACAGGAUAAGACCAAAAUUCAGCUUAAAAAAUCCACAAAAAUACAACCGAACAGGAAAGAAAGUGGGAUGUAAAUGCCCUUUAAAUUUAGGGUUGAAAAGACCGAUAUCAACCAAACACUAAUAUCUGAUUAUUUGUCCACUUCUUCUCUUAUUGAUCCUUAGAUACUUGAAACAAAUCAAGUUGGCUAAUUUUAUCCCACUUUUAUGAUCUCUUUAUAUGUUUAAAUACAGAUGCUUAAAGCUCCUGUAAGGGACUUUAGUUUGUGUUGAAUUUGGCGCCCCCUGUGGACAAAAUGUACCCUUUCGAGAAGUGUUUGAAAGGCUCAAAAGCAGCCAUUUGUUAAAAAAAAUGAAUAUGUUGAUAUAUUACUUAAAUUAACAAAAUUGUAAAAAACAAAUUUUUUUUUAAAUCAUCUGAUUAAUCGGUAAUUGGAUUUUUUUCCUCCCUAAUAAUCGGCAUCGGCCCCAAUAAUCCAUAUCGGUUGGGCCCUACUUUAAAUAUCGACUCCUACCCUCCCUGCAGAUUCAGGUAUCCAGAAUAAUUACAUAAAAAUAAUUUGUCUUCAUGGUAAUUUUUUUUUAAUUUUUUAUAAGCAGCUGAAAACUCCCUACAGGAGCUUUAAUUUAGGCCUUUUUAAAAGUUAGAUAUUGACUCCCUCCUGGGUUUCAUGGUACUAAUGGAUGUUUUUCAGCAUACCUGAUUACUAAGAAUAAGCCCCCUUUAACACCUGCAUGUCUCUACGGCAACACAGAGUGGACAAACUACUAACAUAUGCUUUUUUUAAAUUAAGUGUAGAUCUGUGUGAAAAUGCUAUAGUCGGGCAAAAAAAGAUGUUUUGAUGAUUAAAAAUUGAUAAAUAGAGGAUCUUGCUUAUCAUGCAUCACAUAAGCUUCUUGACCUUGAAGGCUACUGUAGCUUCUUUGACAUGAGGGGUGAGUAAGGGAGCGUUUCAACUUGUACGAAAACAUCCGGUCCAGGUAUGGAAUGUUGCAAGUUAAACACCGCACAUCAAACAGCAUCUCUUGAUCUUUUUUCUUUCCUUGCUUUUAACGCAACAUUUCUAAUUGAAAUCGACCUAAAAAUGUGACUGAACGUGUCUUUAAGACAGCGGAUCCUUCUGUUCUGGAAUGAGGGGGUGUUUGGCAGGGCUGUGCGUCAGACUAAUCCACGUUAUGGAAUGAUAAUGAGUUCGGAGGAGAGAGCAGAGGAGGCGAACGAGAAACAAACGGUGAGACUCUCAGUCUUUCUGUCAGCGACCGCACCGGCGACGCCAUUGAUCACAAUUACCAAAGGGAGGAGGGGACGCCAGGUUACUUAAAAGAGGAGAUGGGGCGGGGCUGCUGUGAAAAGAAAAGGAGGAGGAAGAGGAGGGAUGAGGACGGCAGGAGUCGUCUUUAAGUGAGGGAGGAGAAAAGAGAGCUGAGGAAGAUGAGGAGAUGAAGGGUGAUGGAUAAAUCUCAUGAUAGAGUCAGGGUGAAGUAUCAGAGUGAGAACAAGAGGGAGAAAAAAAAGCCGAACAAACGAGGGGACAUGGUGUGAAGGUUGUUGAGAGGACCGCUUUACUUCCUUACUGAGCACUUAACACAAUGUUGUGCUUGUAUGAUACAGGAAGGUCAAACCUCCCUUGAUGGACUGUCGUCAAGGGAACCAUAGGAACCGUCUUCUUAAAGCUACAGGCGGUCGUACAUUGACACAUAUCUCACACCCUGCCUGUAAAACCUCUGAUGUGGAUUAUAUGACGCUUUAAUAAUCCUAAACACAGAUUAAGAUUCUGGUACAGCAGAUAAAUGUAAAUCUAUUCAAAUACUGGAACUUGUCAAGCUUUAGGCGACUGGGCGCAGCAAUGCUAAAUUUGCCCGAUUUAAGCAUAGAAAGCAACUAUAAAAUAUGUAAGUUUGACUGACACUUUUUGGGGUAUUUGGUCUUGUAUCGAAGUGUUAAAAAGUCACAGAAAUAAUUGUGGUCUAUCCCAAAUUUUACGUCAAUCCAUCAAGCAGUCGGUGAAAUUUUUGCCCACAUUUUGCCGUGAAAACAGUUGGAAAUGGGAAAUUAUAAUGAGGAUGUUCAGGCUAAAUUGGAAAAGGUUUAUCGGAUUAAAUCUGAGCAGGAAAAGGCCGAGGCUAACCAAAAUCUGUAGGGUUCGAAACAAAACUGAACAACAAUGCCAGAGGUCUGGGCCAUCCACGUCAAAGCAAAUUCUCGUAGGGCUAAGCGAUAAACCGAAAAUUUACAGAUACCGAAAUUUACAACAAUAACCAACGUCAUUUUGCCCAUUUCAACAUAUUCAGUGUCAAAAAAAUAGAUAAAUAAAAGUUGGUUUUGGAUGUGUGUAGGUAGGCUAUGGUCUCAUGUCCCUUUAAGAUGCUGUCGGAGACGUGACUCCACCCCCUCCAGUCCAUAGCAAAGAGUGAAAGACAGGUGAGGAGAUGAAGGACGGUUCAAAAGUUGUGGAGUAGUUAUCGUCCAUUUAUCGUUAUCAAGGUGAACUGCUCAAUAUAUCGUGAUUUUGAUUUGAGGCCGUAUCGCUCAGCCCUAUAUUCUUGUUUUAACCACAAUAACACAGUUCUACUACUUUCUGAAGGCGGUGAAAUUUAACAGAGCGAACUCCUAGACAUAAACGUUUCUAGAUUUCAGAUCAACUUUAAACGUCGACUCCUGAACUCACCGAUUGGCUGAUUAAGAGUCAAACUCCAGGUCCGCUCUCGUCCACCGGCUGCUUUGUUUGUUUGAUGUGUGUUUGUGCGCACGGCGGCCACAUCUGUUAUCUCUGACAGACGCGCUGCCUUUGUUUAUUCAGAGACUGGCCUUUUCCGAAUGUCAGAGGUCAAUCUUCCCACAGACAUUAUUGAACCGUUCUUUCAUCCUCCCAUGCAAAUAAACAAACAAGCAGCAGUGACUGCUGGGAAAACACCAGGUGCUACCAACCAGAGGAGCAUUAAACAUUUAUAUACAGUGGGGCAAAGAGAGAGAGAGAGAGAGAGGACACGGUUUUCUCAUACAGAUGUCCUGUUAAUCUAGUUGAGCUGUUAACCCUCAAUUUGACACUUUAUCCUAAAUUACUAAUCCAUUUCUGAAAGUCUUAUUUGUGUCUCUGCAUUUCCUUUUUUCUGUUAAAUAUCUAUUAAACCAUCUCUUCUUGUGUGUUUGGUAACACCAACUAUUAACCCACAAAUCAGAGACUGAGAUGACAGUCCUCCGCUUCUGCCAGCUCUCUUUGGCUGACCUGCUACUUACUGCUGGCUGGUGUUAAAACCUGUGAUUUUUGGGGGAGAAUGUGUGAAAUUUAUAUGACUCAACACUCAGUUUGUGACAUUGAGAUGCAGAGCAGCACGAAUUUGAAAAAAAGUGUGACAGUGAUAAGAAGCAAGACAAGUAAACAGAUAUUAAAGGGCUAAAAAACUGGUUUUCUGUUGCUCUUUGUAUUUUACACUUUACAUGUGUUUGCAGUAAGGCCGGGCGAUAUCAGCUAAAAAGUUUUACCAUUCUGGCGAUAAUGAUAAAAGUUAUGAUAUAAAAAAACUAUAUAUUAAUUUCUAGGGGUGGGAGAAAAAAUCGAUAAUUUCGAUAUUUUGUGUGGUGAUAUAUCGUAUCGUCUCAUUUACGAAGUAUCGAUUUUUUCAAAUUAAUGGAAAAAUAAAAUCAACUAUUUUUCCGUUGAGGUUGGCAGAGAUGACAUUGUAGAGCAGGAGAAAGUUCGUACGAUAAAUAAAUAUAGGGUUAGCAAGAUGUGCAACGUGAAAAUAAAACACAGCGCAAAUAAGGCUAACGUAAAGGAAAGACGAAUGUUGAAUUAGCUAAACAGUUAUUGCAAUAUAUUGUAUCACAAUACUAACUGUAUUGCAAAAUGUUAAAAAUCGCAAUAAUAUCGUAUCGGGGGCCAAAUAUCGUGAUAAUAUCGUAUUGUGGAACCACUGGUGAUUCCAACCCCUAAAAGUUCCUAUCCAUGUUUUUGACUCAUUCUGUCUUGAGAACCCCACAAUCGUUGUUCUUGGACGGCAUUUACCAGUGUGCAUAGUCGAAUAAGAUACUUAACCACAAGUUUAAGUGGUAGCUGAUGGAGAAAACUGAAAUGUGAAAACAAUUAAAAAAUUUAUUCAAAACUCUUAUUGCAGAGCGAACAGCAGAAGCAGAUCCACCUUCCGGUGUCGGACAUACCUGAUUUCACUCGUCUAAGCCCCGAUCUUGAAGGACAGUUUAUCGCAUUUAUCCUGAGAUGGCAAAUAUUCAUCAUGAGGAUUUUUGUGAAGAUAAAUCAUGAACAAUAAUUCAUCGCUCAUCCAUAGUUUACAACAUAUUAAUCACUGGUUAAUCUAGGGUUAGCUAACAGCUAGCUAAAGCUUGACCUGACUGUGUAAAAGCACGGCGAUGAUACCGAGGCCUCCAUCCACAGGCAGGGUUCCUACACAAAUGUGGAAAAGUAUAGAAGUAAUUUGAUUAAUUUAAAAAGUAUGAUAAAUAAAAAAAUAAAGUAUGGAAAAAUAUCUGUGUCAACAGACUAUAAUACCACAGUUCUAAAAUACUGUUUUCUAAAAUAGAAAAGUAGGGAUUUCCAAAAUAAUACUAAAAAGUAGGGUUAGUAUGGAAAUUAAGUAUGGAAAUUCCAACAGUGUAGGAACCAUGUACAGGGUAAAAUGUACAUGCUGAAAACACUGAUAGUAUAGCAGCAGGUUUUGCAAUGUCUAUAUAGCAAAUACUCAUAAUAAAAUGUUAUAAAUUUGGGAUAUAUUGUGCAGCCCUAUCAAGAAGUACCAUAAAAAAACAGGUUUAAAGUGAAUUCAAAUCAAACAAAGUGGUUUUAGUUUUAGGUCAAGUUCUGUUAUCUCUUUGUUUCCUCUUCUUUGGAGUUAAAAUCCAACUCACACUAAAAGGGAAGUGUAAGUAUGUCAAACGCCUGUGAUGCGUUUUCAUCCAGAGAAGUUUUCAUGUCCGUUUUCCCUAAAGGAGUCUGUUUUUUUGGAGCCUGCAGCCAUUAGAGGAAGUGCAACUUGAAGCACUCGCACAUGGCCUUUAAAGCUGACUUGUGGUGGCUGCGGCUUGGUCCAGACACAGUCGAUCGUUCAGUUUAAAAACAGGGAGCGUGUGCAUCUCUUAUGUUUUAUUGAUCAUGUGAUGUCAAGCACAAAGCCGCCCCUGUGAUCCCAAAGGUUUCUGCGGCUCUCUAUAAAACCGCCGAAAACCUUAAAAAAAAGACCCCGAAAAAGAUCCGCCACUCUUCAUCUGAAGGGUGAGGCCGCUAACAGGACGAGAGGCAGGAAGUUGAAACAUCCGCAGACGAGCUUUUCAAAGUCAGUUUCUUUUACUGUUGAGCAAUUAAGACUCGACGCCUUGACUCGAAGUCGACAUCCCCCCACUCAGGCUGGAAAACGACCUCACAAACAGCCCGUAAAAACAGCUUUUAUAGGAGGAAUAAAACACUUUAAAAUUAGUUUUUCUUUCACAAACAAACAAAAUAAACAAAUCAUUCAACAGCUUAAUAUUUAUAAUAAUUCUCUCAAACUUAAUCCGACAUAAAAAUACAAAAACAUCCACAGAUUAACAAACUGAAAAUAGUCCCAAUAUGAAAUAAUCCAUUAUUUAAUCCUGAUUUCGUGCUCUGCUUCUUUAGAUGAAAAAAAUAUAUAUUUGGAAGUUUUUGUUUAAGAUUUAAGAUUAAGAGAAAAGGGAGAAGGUCAGACACCGUUUUGGGGUUUUUAAUAGGAUUUGUUGACAGUAUGAAGGACAAAGAAAAACACCAGAUUACAGGAUUUCCUUCAAAACUUUGAGUAUUUUCAUUUUCUGACGAUGUAAUAAGACGUAAACUCGAGUUUCUACUCUCUACAUAAUCUGUUCCUCAUUCUGGAGUUGUGAAAUAUAAAAACAGACACAGUCAGCUGUAUUAAAACGUAGAUUAACAAAAACAUAUCCGACCUUUUGACUCUCGUGGAUAAAAGCGUCUCAUCAGAGUUUUUGUUUUCUGGAGCCUGCUUGAAAAAAAGAAGGGUGUUGUUGUUGUUGUUUUUUUGGCUCCAAGAGAUUCAGAUCCCACUGGGAAUUAAUCAAACUCGCGGUUUCGCUCGUCUCCUUAAAAAAAGACGUAUUGGUUCGGGGCUUUUUUCCCCCCAUUAUGUGUCGCAGACUGUAAUUGAAUCCCUGCUAUUUUGGAGCAGCUGCAGCAGGUUUGUAAUUAUUCGUGUGAAAAAUUGGAUUCUGUGACUCCAUUUUUACGGCUUUAAUUUCACAAAACAAAGACCGCUGCCUCGCUUCACGCUGCUCCCUUUGGAUCCCGUUUGAUGUUAACGCGAAGCGACCGUCCAGAUGUGAUGACAGGCUGUCAAGACGUGAGAACGCGACCGGAGAGGAGAGAGCGUGGUCGGCUGUAGUGACCUUAACCAUGUGAUUACACCGGUUGUCACAGUGCUGCUGUCAAAACUGGAGAUGGUUCUUCAAGUAUUUAUCCUGUCCGGGGGUUUAUAGCGCUGGUGUGUCGCUUUGAAGGUGCGCUGACAAGUUGGAGUCGGAGAAUCGUGAAGAAAACACACCAGUCAGGGAGCGUUUUUGACCGCGAUACCUAUUUUCUUGCUACACCCGCCUUGUUCUACCUCGCAGUUUUAAAUCUAAAUAAGUGUACCGUAUAAGUGUAGCCUGUAUAAGUGAGAUAGUUGAAAAAUGCAGAUUUAUUUGUUUCAGACAAAAGGAACAGUAUAUUUGGAAAGACUGUCUGGAUCCAAUCCUUCCAAAAUUGAAGGUCUUCUUCUACAAUUGUCUAUUCUUCUUCUUCUACAUUUUCUUUGAUAACUGUCUUUUCUUAUUCUUCUUCAAUAACUGUCUAUUUUUCUUCUACUUUUUCAUCGGUAACUGUCAAUUCCUCUUCGAUAAUUGUCUACUCUUCUUUGAUUAAUGUCUAUUCUCCUUCUUUAACUUUGAUAACUGUCUUUUUUUCUUCAAUAAAUGUCUAUACUUCUUUGAUGACUUUCUAUUCUUCUUCGUCUUCAAUAACUUUCUAUUCUUCUUCUACUACUUCUCUUGGAUAACUGUCUAUUAUUUUUCUUUGAUAACUGUCUUUUCUUACUCAUCUUCAAUAACUGUCUAUUUUUCUUCUACUUCUUCAUCGGUAACUGUUUAUUCCUCGUCUAUAACUGUAUACUCUUCUUCAAGAACUGUCUUUUCUUCCUCUUCCACUUCUUCGAUAACUGUCACUUCCUCUUCGAUAAUUGUCUAUUCUUCUUAUUCAAUAACUGUCUAUAAAUCUUUGAUGACUUUCUAUUCUUCUACUUUUUCUUUGAUAGCUGUCUGUUCUUCUUUGACAACUGUCUACUCUCCUUUGAUAACUGUCUAUUCUACUUCUUUAACUUCUUCGAUAACUUUCUAUUCAUCUAAUUUUUCUUCAAUAACUGUCUAUACUUCUUUCAUGACUUUCUAUUCUUCUAUUCUUUUUCAAUAACUUUCUAUUCUUCUUCUACUACUUUUUCUUGGAUAACUGUCUAUUAUUUUCCUUAGAUAACUAUCUUUCCUCUUAUUCUACUUUUUUUGAUAACUGUCUUUUCUUCUUCUUCUUCUUCUUCUUCUUCUUCUUCUUCUACUUUUUCUUCUACGAGCUAACUAUGCCAGAGUCUAAUAAAGGACUGUACCUAUAUCUAGAAUUUCUCUUCUCAGCGCUCGUAAUAAAAUCAGAGUCGCUGAUGGAGAAAACAAACUCUCACUCACAUAAAAAAUUCAAGGAAUUGAUAAGAAAAUCAAUAACUGAUUAGACCGAUAACAACAUUGGUAUCAAUACAGUCUUAUCAACUCCCAUUGAGACCUAGAUACAGUAUCAGUAUAUAAUGAGACGAUACGUGUUAAUCUAGAGAUAUGACCCACUAGAGAUUAGACUCACACCGAUUCAUCAGGUACACAACACUUCGACUAGUUAGAAGUGUUUCUCCCAAGUUUCAAAAAAUAAAACUUUAUUAGCUAAUUCUGUCUGUUGACUGACUGACACACUCACACCUGAGAGUGUCUGAUCUGAGUCCUCCGGCUCGCUAACAUCAGAAGGACAGGAUCGGUCUGUACCUGCUCAGUCACAGAGUGAUCAAUCACAGACAGGAUGAGACGGUAAAUGUUUACGACACCACGGGGGCCUUCAUCAGCAGACAUUAUGGCUGCAGGUUAGAGCGUCAGGAGGGACUUAAAUCACCGCUUAUCCAUUAUGAAUCAGAGCCUAAAUAAGAUGUCAGAGCCUCAAACCUGAAACCAGAUCAUGACGGUAAAAUCUGUAAAAGUCGACGCAGAGCUUCAAGUUUCCUGCAGAAUCGAGGUUUUACUUUCCUCUAUAUUAAGAGGAUCAUUUAGUGUGUGAUGUUUUCUGUGAAACGCUGAACAAAUUCAGAAUUUCCCUUGAGAUGAACUUACAGUAAACACCAAGGGUGAACUUUUAGGAUGCAAACACCAGUGGGAAUUUCUAUUUCAGAACAGAGCUGAAAAACAGGUUUUUGUGGUCCGAUGUUGUGUUUUUGAUUCUCCAGCUCUCCGAUCCUCUCUGUCUUUGUUUCUCUGAAGUCAGUCUGACUCACUUCUUAAUCACCGUCCAUUUUUUACCCCCUGCCUCCCUAAUGGCCGAGCUCAGGUGCUUCACUCUCAUCCUAAAUCGACCUCUGGCUCCCGCCCCCUCCUGCCUUGAUUCAUCCACUCACGUCCAGCAGGUGUUCACAGAAGCUGCACUUAGCUGCCUUUUCUAUCCGAGGGAAAAAAAAUUGAUUUGUUUUUAUUCAUAGCUUCGGCCUCUCCCGGACGCUGUGAUAUUUCAGAAAGCCUCGGGACAUCGGAGAGCAGCAGCUGCGGGCGUUUGUCGCUGACUGUAACAGCACUUGCAUCAGCGGUCGGGGACACUUGUCCAUUUGACUGCUGGGAUGUGAGCGCUGAGAGAAAGAUGAAAGACUGUGAGUGUGUCGGACGACGGUCCAGGUGAGACGAGUGGGAGAGGAGGACGCAAUUUCUCUGUCCACUCUGUCUGCCUUUAAUCUUUGGAGUCGUCAUUAAAGGUUUGGGUUGAGUUUCAGCACUUAAAUCUAAGUCUGGGAUAUUGAUCUUUGUAACGCUUUUAGCCGUUGUUUCUGUUAUUGAUCGGGUUUUGUAUUCUCAGGGAUUAAAAGGAGAUUCACAAACACUUUUAAACACGUCAAACUAAACAGAGAUCAACAAAUUAAUGAUCUCAUUUUGGCUGAGUGAUGUUUGGUGAUAUUGAUCGCUGAAGUCGGUUCAUGUACACGAUGCAAGAAUAUACAAUUAAUCGCAUUUAUCCAACUAAAACUGGACUUUUAAAAUACGUCGUACUACAUUAGCCCCACAUGUCGGGCUUUGAGCAGUAGCGCUGUAAAGUCCUAGUCAACUGGUCGACUUAUUGGUCGAUACGUGCUGAGUGGACCACAAUUCUGAUUGGUCGACUCGAUUUUUUUUUCCGCUUCAAUUCACAGUCUAUGGUUAAUUCAUCAGGAGGAAUAUACCAAGUGCUUAUGGGGGUGUUUUCAGAGCACCCCCGUUUCAUAGGUAACAGCCUGUCUCAGAACACCCCCCUUGAUUGGCCCAACCCACUAGAGACCAACUGGAGACAGGGAAAUUCAAGAGUUUCCACGUUAAUCAACAUCCGGUGGUUUGCUGAAUACUUAGCCUUUUGUGUUUAAUUGCCUUCUUGUGUUGAUAUCUAUAUAUUUUCACCCCGCCAAGCUGCGUAGGGUUUGCUGUCAGAGUCAGGACCCCACCACCAUUAGUCGAUUUUUGGUAGAAAAUUUCAAGGUUUUAGGCGACCGAGGAUUUCUUUUGUUGAUUACAGCCCUGUUGAGCAACAUAAAUGUACAGCAAUAAAUCCAGGUAGUGAACAAAAUCUUAAGAUGUCAGAGCUUGAAAUGUAACAACAACCCGAAAUGUAAUUAAAAAAAACCUAGUAGAACCCAAAAUGUAACAACUGGUCAGUAAUGUAACAAACUCUGAUUCCAAAAUGUUACAACUUUUUGCCCAAAAUGUUGCAACUUGUAACAUUUGUUACAUUUGGGGUUUUCUUACAUUUAUUUUGUAACAUUCCAGGUUUAAUGCUUUGUUACAUUAUUGACAAAUUAUUACAUUUCAGGUUUUAUUACAUUUAUUUUUUAACAUUUUGGGUUUUAUUACUUUUUUGUUACAUUUUGGGAUUUAUUACAUUUUUUUAAUUACAAUUUGGACUCAACAAUUCAUCACAUAAUUGAAAAAUUAUUACAUUUCCGGUUUUAUUACAGGUAUUUUUUUUUUUACAUUUUGGGUUUUAUUACAUUUUUUUCAAACAUUUUGGGUUUUAUUACAUUUCUUUUAACAUUUCGGGUUUAAUGACAUUUUUUUUCUUAAUUUUGGGUUUAGUUACAUUUUUUUAAUUACAGUUUGGGCUCAACAAUUCAUCACAUUAUUGACAAAUUAUUACAUUUCCGGUUUUAUUACAUUUAUUUUUUUAACAUUUUGGGAUUUAUUACAUUUGUUUUUUACCAUAUUGGGUUUUAUGUCCUUUUUUGUAAAUUACAGUUUGGGCUCAACAAUCCGUUACAUUAUCGACAAAUGAUUAUAUCCAUUUUCAUAACAUUUCGUGUCAUUGUUGCAUUGAUAAAGUUAGACUAGAACAUGGUCUGAACAGAGCUGUAAAGUUCACAAACUUGUCUUGCACAUCCAUUCAUUUCUUAAUUUUCUGCACACUUCCUUAUUUUUCUGCUGACACAGGCCAAGAAAUGGGUCAGUUACAGAUUCAUCAUUAUUCAGUCUGUUCAGAUCAGACGUUAACUUCUGAUUUUACGCUCUCACAGUCAUAUCAGUACUGGAGAAAUACUGCAUUCCUCUUCUUCUCUCAGUAACUGAAAAAAAAAAAUCAUCUUUUUCUUUUUUUUAACUUGCGUUGUCAGACGUUUAAUCUCUCUGUGUCAGCUCCUGUCAUCCCCACAUCUCUCUCCUCUCCGUCGACGUGUCCCUCAGUUUUCCUCUCCUUCCCUCUUCAUCUCUCCUCCGUCUUCAUUUUCCGUCUGCUCGCUUCUUUCUUCCUCUCUGUAUUCAUCACUGUCUAUCCGUCUCUUAUCGUUUCCCUCCAUCUCCUUCGCUGUCGUCUUUUGUCUUUUUUUCCCUCUCCGGUCCUUUGUUAGCCCGUCUGUCUCUGCCUCCUCCCCGCUGAUCACUCUUUGACAUCAAAGUCUAUCACUUUUCACUUAUACUCCCUUUGUCUUCGCUCAGCAGGCUCCUGCAGGUCUAUUUUAGUGUUUUACUAUCUGCCUCUGAAUCCCUGAGGGUGAAUUAUUGAACAGACUGACCCCUGGCUCCACAGCUGCUGUUUGGGUGUGGUUGUGUCUCGCCUCUCCAAAUGUAGAUCACUUUUUAAAAGCCUGAUGAAACCCAAAUCCAUAAAAGACUCCAAACUGUGAGAUCAGUUGUUAAUCAAACAACGAUUACAUAACAGGGUUUUGUUAUUAAGGUUGUAUUUCUAGGUGUAUUUGUUCCUCUUCUCCUGUGUCAGUUAUUCUUUUGUUCCUGUUGUGUUUUUGGUCUCUUAGUUCUCAGUGUUUUCUUUCUCGUUGUGUGUCUGGUUUAGUUUGACUUUCUGUUUUAUUUUGUAGUAGUCAAUCCUUGUGUUUCAGGUUUAGUGUUACUUCUUGUGUUUUCCCUCCUCACUGAUUGUCUGCACCUGUGUCUUAAUUACUUGUUACCCCGUCUAUUUAGUCCCUGUUUAGUCUCUUCCCUCCUUGUUGGUUCAUUGUUUGUGUUUCUUCAUGUCUUUGUCUCAGCCUGUUGAUUCUGUGCGCAACCCGAAACCGUGUUUUUCCCAGUUUUUUAAGUCUUAGUUUUUCAUUUGGAUUUCAGUUGGACAUUUGUUUGAGUUUAGUCUUUUACUUGGGUCCUCCUUUUUCUGUUUGUUAACACCUGACAGAUAACAGGAGGGUUUAGCUGAGCGAUAACAUAGCACUAGCUAACACACUUUAGCCUAGCUUAAAAAGAGCAUCUCAGCUUAGUCUUUUAGCUAACUGCUAACUAUGAUGUAUGUUAAAAAAAGAAACUACUUGUCUUAACAGUUUUUUUUACCGUGAUUCUGACCAUACCAAUCAAGUUUUGGAGGAGAAAAUAAAGGAAAUUUUACAACGCCACAGACAAGUCCUGUUCACUGGUUGGUGGGUACUUAGCACGCUAGUGACAGAGUUUGGUUUUAGGAGGCAAAGUAAUGUUUUCUUCUUGUUUUAUAUUAUAAGACAAGAAAUUUACGGCGAAUACUAAAACAGGAAGAGGGGUAAUAUACGGUUGUUUUCCGGUCAAAACAGGACGAAUCUGACUACAGUGCUACUUUGAAGAGUUGUUUUGUGCUAAGUUUAUGCUAGCAUUUGCAUCAACUCCCUAACCCAAACCCUAUAACCUGACAGGUAGCAGGGGAGUUUAGCUAAGCGAUUACCUAGCACCAGCUAACACACUUUAGCCUAGCUUAAAAAGAGCAUCUCAGUAUCUCUAACUCCCUAACACUAACCUUAACACGCAACACAUAGCAGGGAGUUUAGCUGAGGGGUAAGAUAGCACUAGCUAAAACACUUAAGCCUAACUUAGAAAGAGCAUCUCAGCUUAGCCUUUUAGCUAACUGUUAACUAUGAUGUAGGUCAAAAAAAUUAUUUGUCUUAACAGUUUUUUUUACUGUGAUUCUGACCAUUCUGACAAGUUUUGGAGUAGAAAAUGAGGAGUCGUUUUGUGCUAACUUUAUACUUUGGUUAUGGAUAGGAAGGUGGGCAUUAGCUUUCUUAAAAGGCACACAUCAGUUGACCCCAAUGCUAUUUUGUAGAGUUGUUUUGUGCUCUAUAGUAAUGACCAUUUCUAUUUUCUGAAACCUUUUUCUUCACAUUUAAAGGUUUUUGAUGCUUCUUGUGCAUUUCACCCUUGUCAAAAGACUUAUUUUAUCGCAGUAAGAUAUAUUUACGCAAGGAGAGCAGCAGCAAAGACACCUGAGGAACAUAACAGAGCAGAGCAGAGAUCAGUGACACUUUGACACCGAUGAGGCGUAAAAAGCGGAAGCUGGCGGUGGAUGUGGUUUGGGGGCAAAGCAGGAAGCAGUUUACAUAUUUCAAACAUUUACCAGUUGGGUGCAUUGAAGGAAAUCGCCUGAGCUCACUUUUGAAUACUUCAAACAUCCGUCUCUGUGAGUUUUGUGCCUUUUCGAGUUCAGGGUCGAGAUGAGGCGCGGAUACUUACAGCUCCUACUCUUUUCUUCAAUGUGUCUCAGAUGGAAGACAGCCAGUGUGUAUUUUUAUACGUGUUUGUUCGCUGACGCAAGUGUUGGCUUCUGUUGGAAAAAGGACACUUUUACAGAAAUAGCAAUCUGUUUUCAGUCCAAACGUGGGCUGAAUUAAGUCUUUUUUUCUUUCUUUUGUUCUUUACACAAAGAUGAUCUUGAGGUCUUUUCAAGUGUCGCUUUAGUUUUCUUGGUUGAUGAUCCACUGGAGAGUCAGAAAGUGGAGAUGACACAUAAUCAGUGUUACAAUGGCAUCAUACUUUAGUGGCAGCGUGGUCAGCUGAGUCAUCGAUUUACCACACAUGACCCAAGUCUAUCAGGCUCGUUACUGGAUUGAUUUCAGCCAGGUAUACCAGAUAAACUAGAAAAUAACCUGUUAAUACUGAAAUACUCAACUGUACCAUGGUUGUUCUUCUCAUAAUCCAUAAUUGUUCCCAUCAUGAUAAGACGUUUCCUCUGUUUGUUGCAUUAAUUAGCAGAGGUGGGGGCUUGACGACUCGACUCAAGACUCGACUUGGACUUGAGUCUCGUUUUUGACUUGCUUGAUGAAAUCAAGAAAUGACUUGGACUCGCUUGGGACUUGAUUGCUGAAGACUUGAGACUUGACUUGACUUGAGCCCAGUGACUUGAAUAGUCAAGUCUUUUCAAGUCACUUAAUAGUUUAUCUGAUUAUUUUUUGUAUGACAUGUAAAAUAGUUUGUUUAAAGCUGCACUAUGUAACUUAACACAAACAAGAACCCUUGUUUAAUAAUAAAUGCAAAUAGUGAAAAAUGCUCAUGAUUUAUGUAAAUCUUUACAUAUAACAAAUGGUUCAUGGCUCUGAUAUGACUUGUUUUUGACUUGAAAGAAACUGUAAGGACUUGGUUCGGACUCAAUGCAAAAUUCCUAGGACUUGGUUGGGACUCGAAACAAAAAGUUCAGGACUUGGACUUGACUUGGGACUUGUCUGUGUUGACUUGGACUUGACUCGAGACUUGAGAGCAAACGACUUGGACUUGCCUCGGACUUGAGAGAAAGACUUGAGACUCGACUUGGACUUGCAACAUAGGGACUUUCCCCCACCUCUGUUAAUCACAUUCCAGCAGUUUUCUGACUUGCCAGGUAUCACUAUACGUGGAUCAUUACAUCUCCUAAGCAUCCUCUCCUUCUCUUUGUUUACAGGCUGUUUAAUCUGACCCUCAAGAAGCUGAUCAUGCUGAAGGAGCUGGAUAAAGACCUCACCUCUGUCGUCAUCGCCGUCAAACUGCAGGUAUGAGACGUUUUCUACAGGAAACACGGCAGCAGCAGCAGCAGCUCGAGGGAAAGGUUCAGGGUAUUGAUUCAGUUUUAUUCACAAAUACGUCUGUUAGAAAAAUCAAUGAAACAUAAUUGGAAACGAUGCUAUGAUGUGUUGAAAGAAAAACGUGAUGGAGAGACGUAAUGUAGUUUAAAUUGUUGUUCGAUUUCACCCUAAAACACAGAGAUGGUGUAUGCAGCCUGAUAAAUAUCCAAGUCAUCGCAGUCAAACAGGAGAAAAAGGUGUAAAGAUUAAAACCCGUUUGACAGCAUGGCCGAGUUUUGUUGGUCUAUUAAAGGCACUGUUGCAAAAAGUCAUUUAAAUAGUCAUUAGUCUAGACCAGGCUUUUUUUAUGAGGGGGUUAUUCAGUAUAACUGAGCUUUAAUUUCUGCAAAGUUUAUUAAAUGGAGUCAUUUCUUGCAAGGCCGUCUGUACAUAAGAUUCAAUCCAAGUCAAUUCAGUUGACUCUAAACUGAAUAAAGUAAGAGUCACUUCAAUUCAGUUCAAUUCAAAUCAGUCAAAUCAAGUCCAAUCCAAUAAGAAUUCGUUCAGUUCACUUAAUUGCAUUUAAUUAAUCCAAUUCCAUUUAGUAAUAUUUAAUUAAUUUCAACUCAACUAAAUUUAAUACAGUUGAAUCCAAUCCAAUCAAAUUCAGUUCACCUCAAAUCAAUUUAAUAUAAUUAAAUUUAGUCAAAUCUAAUCCAAUCUAAUUCAGUUAAAUUUAAUAGACUUGAUUUAAUGUACUUCACUUUAAGGCAGUUUAACUGAAUUUAUAUCAGUUCUAUUCAGUUUAAUUCAGCUCACUUCAGUUCAGUCUAAAGGUCCUUACACACUGUGGCCGACACGAAUAUACAAUGCAAAAUUACGAAAUAUUGACAAAAAAAAAAUAUUGACGUCCGAAAUAAUCGCACGAUAAAAACUGUCCCGGUGUGAAAGGAUGUUAACUAAUUUUUUUUUUCAGUUUAUUUUAACUGAUCUCAAGUCAGUAUUAUUCAGUUUCUCUUGAAAAAAAAGGGCCAUCAGUUAACAUGGCAAAGUAAAAACUUUUAUUUCAACAAAAUAUUGGAGUAGCAAAAUUGCUGUGUCAGCAUAAAAAAAAAACAACUCACUUUCCGAUCAUAUUUUUUUGGAUACGCACCCAUGUACUUCAGCGCAAUUUAGUUAAUUUUCAAUAAUCAACAUCUUUUUAAGUUAAAACCUUUAAAAUGUUAAAACCUUUGCAAUGACUGUUUUUCAUAAGUUAGGGUUGUGUUACGAUAAUAAACAAUUUUUAGUAAAAAUCAAGUUUUUAAGAGUAGGUCAAACAUCUGCUUGUGUUACGUGACAUUUUCUUUAUCAGCACUGUGUGAAGCAUGGAAAUCAAAACUAAAAGUACAAACCAUUUUAAGCGUCUUUUAGCUGAUUUUACUGCUCUGAUAUCAAAGUUGUAUUUCUGAUGUUGUGAAAACCUCUUCUGUUCCUGUAAAGCUGUUCAGUGUUUUGCUGAGUCAGCUGAUUGCUUUUAAAAAAAAGCACUUCCUUCUCUUUGUUUACGGCUGAAAUGCUUUCUUUAACUCCUCCACAGCUGCGCGCCGUGAAUUACUUUUGUUUUUGACAGCAGGGAAAGCAAAGCCGGCGUCGGUUUGUUUGACACCAGCGAAUGAGCGAAUGUCGGAUUUGGUCUCGCUGUUUUUCCAUUAAACACAUUUAGGGUAGAAAUUUCAGAGUUUAUCCACAUUUGAGUUUGCUCAUGCUGUUCUUCAUCCCUCCUCUUGUUGCUCUUCAUUUUGUCCAUAAUUGGAGAACGAAUUUAUUCAAACGAAGCACUAAAGGAAGUCUGAGGUGUUUUAAUUCCCCUUAAACGCUCUGGCUCCUCUCCCAGUUCCUCCUUCUUGGCGUGCUUUCUUCUCUCAUCAUCUCCAUCUUGUUUUCUAUCUGAGUAAACCAAUAAAGUCUCUGUUGUUCCUGGCACAUAAUACACUGUAAGCUCUUUUAAUUCUUCCUCCAUGCUGCCGCCGUAUACCCAAUCUCUCCUCUCCUUUCCCCCUAUCUGUCAAUUCCCUCCUCUUCCCCGACCUCCUCUGCUCCCACGCUUCCCUCGCUGCGUGCGGUUGAUGAGAGUUCAUUGUUUUUGACUCUGCUGGUGUCGGGCUCAGCGUGGUAACAGUCAUCUCUCCCGUCUUUGCCCACUUAACUCUUCUACACUCAUGACGUUCUGGCUUUUGUCUCCUCUGUGUCGCCUACUCAGGGCUCCAAGAGGAUCCUCCGCUCCAAUGAGAUCCUGCUGUCCUCGGCGGGGCUGACAGAGACUGACCUGCAGCUCACCUUCUCCCUGCAGGUAAAGAUUCGGCCGUGGUGCCUGUCAGUCAUGAGCAAACAGAGGCUUUGUUCUGGGGCGAAAAUAACAAGCCGUUUAACUAUGAAUAGCUGUACCCACGUCGAAUCUGAGAGGGAAAUAUCACGAUGGAUAAAUGAUUCAAAAGGUCCAGCUGCUCUGAUUUCAUCUCCACCUUCGUCGACUUUAAAUAAUCUAGAUCGUAGCCAUCAAAUGUUAUUACAAACAUAAGUGAAGCAUCUUAAACCCAAAACUUGAAGAUAGUCUUGUUUUUAAUCAAGAUCAUCUCACCAUUUCUUUCUUUAUUUACAUUAAUUGACAUGUCAGCAAAACCAUCAAUGUAAAUUUGUCGGAGUUAGCGUAAAUGCUAACUUUAAUCCUUUGUUGUAAAGCAGAUGUUUAAAAACGUUGAAACGGUACAUCACAUAUACACAAUACAUGAUGACAAACAGAUAAAACAAGCAAGAUUUUACAUCCGCUAAGUUACUGUAGUGUUUUUGCUAAAUGCUAGCAUCAUUGUACUAGCUAACUCAAAGACCCGGGAAUUGCACUAGGUCCGGAAUGGCUCCACUCCAGACCAGCAGGCAGAUCAAAUAUGCAAGCAUGCAGCGCCCACCGGAUUCGGUCCACCGCCACAAUCAGAGUAAAAGCGAUCACAAGAUUACGAUAUUUCUCGCGAGACUGGAGGUGAUCUCAUUAGAUCGCGAUUUUUGCUAAAUGCUAGCAUCAUUAUGCUAGCGAACUCAUAGUUAUGACGCUAACGCUUCAAACUUUUAAAGUAACCAGAAUUCAGAAACACAGCUUGAUAUUUUGACUUCCUAAAACUCUCUAAUCACUGUUCAUGUAAAUGUUAAAGCCACGAUUUUAGCAAGUCGAGUUUAAGGUUUUUAUUUCUUAAGCACUUACAAAUAACAAAAACGGUACAAUGGAAUAAAAACAAACACAAUUUCAAUGAACAAAUACAUAAAAAUAAAAAUGGAAUAAAGGAUAAAAAGGAUGUCAAUGUGCCCACUCUAAAAAGUUCUAGAAAAGUCAUUCAAAAAGGUUAAAAAACUUUCUCGAUAACAUCCUCAGGGGACCAUGAAAGUACAAAGUCUAGUUGUCAUUAGCUGGGGAAACAUCUUGAGCUAAACCAGAUCACAGACUCAAACUGGCACCAAAGUAAAAAAAGUUGGCCAAAAUAAUUAAAAAUAAAUCUUUGGGGUUCAUCCAUUUGGGACUAUGAAUGUCAAACAGCAGGUCUUUUAGAAGUUGCAAAUUUUAAGAAUAAAUCAUCUGGAGACCCUGAAUAACUCUGACAAAUUAAUCUACAUCAUAAUUAAUAAAUUCAUAGUUAAGCUUGACUAAAAAAGCUGCAAUAGAAACUACAUUUUUGGGUUCAUCCUCUGGAGAGCAUGAGUUUUUGCACAGAUGUUUGCGCCCAAAUACUUAAUAGUGAAAAAUAAAUUUAGUCAAAAGUAGAAAUAACAGUCAAAGUUGGGGGGUAGAAGAACUGGCAUUUUUGGGUUUAUCCUCUGGAGAGUGUGAAUCUUUGCACAGAUGCCCAUUGACUUAAUUGUGUAAAAGAUAUUUUGAUCAAAACUAGAAAUAUCAGACAAACACCGUAAAUGGGCGCGGAAGAAUGGGGCAUUUUUGGGUUCAUCCUCUGGAGAGUGUGAAUUCUAGUAGAAGUGUUUCUGCUAAAAAAAUCACUUAGUCACUUAAGAGUGUAAAAAAAAAUUCAAUUAAAACUAGAAAUAUCAGCCAAAGUUAGUAAACAGAUGUAGAAGAACUGGUAUUUUUAGGUUUAUCCUCUGGGGAGUGUGAAUUUUAGGAGAAAUGUCUGUUCACUGGAGAUACCAUAGAAAAAAUACAGUCAGGGAAAAGAGAAGCGCUUCUUUACGUAUCUCUUUCCAGUUAAAAAGUUCUCUGAUAUUAAGUGUGUUUGUUUUCCCAUCUUUAAGUGAAGCAUUUAUAUCUGUCGGAAACUCCUCUGUGUGCGAUGAAUUUGCAGUAACAUGAAAAACGUGGCCUCGGUUCAGAGGUGGUGUGUGCAGUAAUCAUCAUCAGACCUUUAUUGAACGUUCACUUUCUCCGAGCAUCCAGGCGGAGUCUGGUUAAUGUAAUUCCCAGCGAGGUCUCUCCUGCUCUAAUUUGCCUUUUUCAAUUUCCAUGUUUCUAAAUGCUGCUGAAAGGUCAGGGAGUUUCUCUCUCUGGAUCUGAGCGAGUGCAGCGAGCCAGACGUUAUACAUUAUACACUAAACUUGUGACAGCGGCAGCACUGUGGAGAGGAAACCUAUUAGAGCCCAGCGGCAGGACCAUUUCACGGCUUUAAAACGCCGUACAGGAGAGCUGGUGUUUGUCCCGUUUCUGGUGCAGCAGGUGAGAUCUCUAAUGACGGGUUAUGUCAAUGUUCUUAUGUGACUAAAUGGUUCGACACUUCAGGACGCCAGAGACGGGUCAGCGGGUGUGGAUGUCUUACACAACGCCCCCUCAGGAGGGCCUCAUUACUGCCACCUAGGAAACGAGAGUCACCUCUUUAAUCGUCUGUGUUUAUGUGUACCAACAGUAUCCACACUUCUUAAAGAGGGACGCCAACAAGCUUCAGAUCAUGCUGCAGCGGCGGAAGAGGUACAAGAACCGGACCAUUCUGGGCUACAAGACCCUGGCCCUGGGACUCAUCAACAUGGCAGAGGUAUAAAAACAUGAGAAAUCGAAACUUAAAGGGAUAUUCCGUGUAAAAUCACCGUAACAAUGAGUUAGACACCCCCCCAAGAGAUGAAUGUUGCCGACCGCUUGCUUCUCUAGUUAUACCAACUUUAGUAACGACCGCACGCUAGCAAUACACAGCGGUCUGAGGAGCCAUAAACAAACUCAACCAAAACGCCACUCUAACUUCUCACUUCCCUAACUUCAUCAACAGUACAUACAGGGUCCCAGUCAUAGUCCUAGCCACCAAACAUCUUUUUAACUUUGACUAAUUUCUUUAGCGAAGAGACUAAACACAACUCACCGUCUCUCUUUCAGCAGCCGCUUGUUUGUAGCGAGACCUCAGGCCAGUCCAUUAUGGUACAGCGGGGUGACACAGCUCAAGGAAGAACGGACCCCUUAAAGGGCUUUAACAAAGUAAGGCAAGUGUCUUCUGUUACAGACACUUGCCUUACUUUGUUAAAGCCCUUUAAGGGGUCCGUAAGAUCCCAAAAUGUUCCCCAUCGUUUAUGCUAAUUUUGACCCGGCUUGUUAUCCGGUCUACCUCCUUUUUUUAAGCGCCUGUUAUUCCGCCAAAGUUUCCGGUAUUUAAUUCGUUUUCUUGCUUGUGUUUUGCAGUCGUGGCCAAAGGAGGAUUCAGACAAUUUUCUGUACUUUCUGGUUGGUUUCUACUGUCCGAUAUUUUGGCACGCUAUCUUUUGGUGCGUUCAAGUUACCUCGGAAGUCAGGAGUCCGACCUGAAAAUGACGUCACACCAGAGUUCCCAGCGUUUCAGUUACCAAGUCGUAAAAAAGCAAAAUCGGAGGCCUGAAACAAGAUGACUACAUCUAUGAAAGUUAUUUUAGCGCUUGCCUUGAUUUUGCUUUUUUUCCGACUUGGUAACUUGGGCUCGUGAACGACACAGGGGAGCAGCAUCUGCCUCACAACCAAUCAGGUUGGGGGAGGUGGAGAACAGCUUUGUUUACAGUCAGAAAGAGCGGGCCUCUCAAAAAUUAUAAAAUGUUGACUACAGUGAUGUAACAAAACACAGCGAUAUCAUUAUAUUACCAAAUGUCAUCAAUGACUAAUAGCUAUUGACUGAUAUUUAAAGCUUUUUUGUUUAUACACCGCAAAAAAAGACGCUUCUUUAAUGGAAUCCUGCCUACCCCACCUUUAAGACUCUGGUAAGAAAUACUUUACAUUUAGGGCCAAAUAACAGAGUUUUAAACAUGCAAUUCAAAGCACAAUUAAUCGCAGUUAACUCUGAAGAUUCUGCGAUUAAUCGCGAUUAAAAAAACAAAUCUUCCAACAUCCCUAUUAUAAAUCAUCAGCUGAUUAUCUUCAUGCAGACAAGUUCUUGAGUGUAUUUUCAGCUCCAAGCACGUCCAGCAGAAGCAGAUGGAGGUUUGAGCCGCGUGUUUGAGGGUCAGCUGUGAGCUGUUGAGUCAGCGGAGUCUCAGCGUCCCGGCAGAUCUGAGCUUGACCCAACAAACGAGCGGCCGCAGACUCAUUUCCCUAAACUCGCAGCCUCUGCCUCCUGCAUCUGUCCAAUCUGAGUGUAACCUUAUUUUAGAUUCGGCUUUCUCAGGCAAAUCUAAUCCUCCGGGUUCCUUCUUUAUCUUUCGGAAACUUUGAUUCAAACUUAUUUAGUGCUUACCUUCCUCUAACCUUUAUCCAGACCUCAUUCAAGCGAGUGCACUUUAAAUCUCAAAGUCAGACUCGGAUCUUUGGCCCGCCGUUCUCUUCUCAGUCGCCAUAAAUGUCGCCAUAAAUCAAAACCACCAAUUAAAUUUUAGCAUCUUUUGCCAAAAGCGUCCCGCGCUCUCCGUCCCUAACAAUAUGAGACCUUUAUAAAACGGGCUGUGAUUUAUGACGCGUGUCUGUCCGUGCGCACAUGUGGAUGUUCCUGGUGGCUUUGUCUGGGCUGAUGUCAGAAUUAUUUACGGCGUCGAGCACCUUGAACAAACUGGCUCACCUUAAAAUUCUCUAUUGAGGGAAAAGGACAUAAAUGAGGACUCAAUCAAGAAACAGGUCCAGUUUUUGAGCAUUUCUAUACAAUCAGAUUUCAUGAGCCUCUAUUGGCGGACUCUAAAGAGGUCAAAUGCAGACUCACAUGCAUGAAGGGUUCAAACUCACUUCCUUUUAAAGGCACAAUAAAAGUCUCUGAUGGCGGACUUGGCCCUGAGCUCUGUGUGUGUAUGUGUCAGAUGAAUUAUCCCCUAUAGGGGACACGCUUGGCUUUUACGUCAUACAUUUGUAUCUGAAAUGGCGUUUUGAUGGCGCCGUGCUUCUUCAAUACGACAGGCUCCACCGACCCAGCAGGUACUGUCGGGACGAACUGUUGAACCUGGCUGAAACUCAAAAGUUCUUCAACUGAUCAGUUCAGAGGUAAAGGACCGAUUUUGUCCGUCUCAGAGCAGAAACAUUUUCUAUGUCAGAAAAUCAAUUUAAAGCUCCAGUAAGGAGUUUUUCUCAAGUAUGAAAUAAACUGAAAUGUCGUCCUGUACUUUUAUCAAAGUGUUCCUAAUGAUUUUACUCUCUUUAAAUGGUCAAAAAAUAUCACUACAGCAGUUAUAUGUCAUUUAAAACAACUCCAUAGAUUUCGGCUUUUUCCGAAAUCAAUCACUCAAUCCCUAACCCCUAUAUGGAAUUUCACUAUAUAGCUGACUAUGUUGUGAACUCAAUCACCAUAUUUCGGAUACUACAUGGCAAGACGCAAUGCAUGACAGGAUGCCCACCACCGGUGAGUGACCAUCGGAUGGUCACUACAUUUUGCAAUGCUCUAUGGGAAAUUUUUCAGUCGCCUACAUGGGGCAUUGGAAUUGAUCACUCGCGCUAACCAGGGAUCCAUUUCGGACACAGCCUUAGUCAAUGUUAUCUUGACUUGGGAGCCCUGACGAGUUGAUCACCGCGUGCAGUGGAGUUUCGCAGCUCAAGGAAGAACAUUUAUGAUCAUUGCUUCAUGGAAAUACAAUCAGACCGAGACGCUAAGGCAGAAGAACUACAGCGUCUGCAGUAUCAUGAUGAUCAUACUUCAUGGAAAUGAUCCGCUGCACUCGGUAGUUGACUCGUCAGGGCUCCCCCAUGAACAAGUGGCUGCUGGAAGAGAGUAGGUGAGUUGCGUUUAGUCUCUUUGCUAAGUUGUUGAUGAAGUUAGGUGCUGUUCUGAGCAUUAUUUGUAGCUAUAGAGUGGCAUUUUGGUUGAGGUUUGCGCGUGGAUACGUAGACCGCUGUGUAUUGCUAUCGUGCGGUCGUUACUAAAGUUGGUAUAACUAGAGAAGCAAGCGGUCGGCAAAAUUCAUCUCUUAAGGGGUUGUCUAACUCAGAGUUAUGGUGCAUUUGACCCUAACUUAAAUUUAAGUUGGAAUAUCCCUUUAAAGCAUUUCUGUCAAACAUGACUUUUAUUCAACUUUUUCUCUAUUAUAACUUGCAAUCGCAACACUUUCAAGUUGAUUUGAUUUUUCUUCUCCUCUCCUUCAAAGAGAGCGUGUUGCUGCUCGCUGAUCAAAAGGAAAAUUACUCGCACUUAAAUUUGAUUUUUUAAGAAAUCACUUCAUGUCCUUAAGUGCCGGUUUGCUCCUUUUUUCGGAUUUUAAGAAGCAUUUUGCAAAAUGAACUCGCAGAAAAAAGUCCCUCACUCUGUCCCUUUAAAUAUGUAUGUUUGAAACAUUUGCAUAAUCGCCUCUCUGUCUGGAAAAACGCUUCGAACUGAACAGCAGACAGGUUCGCUGACUCUCUGCCAAGCACGCUGAUGUAAAGCAGUAACAUCUUUUUAAUGUGUGGCUGAAGCUGCCUCCAUAAUAAGCUGCUCAGACUCCAUUAACUCUGAGUGUGACCAGACUGCUGAGACAGGCUGGAUGUCUGUCAGACGAACACAUUCACACACACACAGAGAAGAAGUGAUGCUGCUGUUUGUCGCUGCUGCAGCUGCAGAGAGAUUUCUGUGUUCAUGUUUUCUGCGUCGUCGUCGUCGGUGACAGUGUCUGCUUUGUUAAUCCCUGAUACUGCUAUUUUUGUUUACUUCUGCAGCCUCCCCCUCUCUCCUCGUUCCAUUAUCAUCCUCCUCUGAACAUCUGCCUCACGUCUGAAUUCAUUUCUUCUCUCGCUGCUCUCUAACCUCCCUCCCUGUGUUUUCCUCUGCCUACACGGCCCCCUCUCUUUCGGCACUUCCUUUGAAGCUUUUCACAUCACGUCCGGUGUUUAUCCUCUCUUUUCUCGUAUGAAAGAAGGGCAACAGCUAAAAAUACGGCUUUCUAGAAAGUUUCUAUCCUCAGGCGUCGUGGUUAUAGUCCUGGUCUCAUUUGCAUCUUAAUGACUUUUUGUCAGUAGAUGCAUUUCUGAUCGGGGGUGAUGUGAGAGGGCAAGUAGUUAUUUCCAGAUGAACUGUAACGUCAUAAGCAUGAGUUGUCAUCCUUUCUGCGUCUAGGUAAUGCAGCAUCCUAGCGAGGGCGCCCAAGUCCUGGGGCUCCACAGCCAGCUGAAGGACGCUUCAUUACCCGUCGCAGAGGUCCGCGUCUACUCCCUGUCCAGCCAGCCCAUCGACCACGAAGGCCCCAAAGCAAAGAUGUCCGGUAAGCCUGCCAACGCGCACAAUCUCUUCAGUCUCCAACUUUUUUUUCUCUACGUUUUUGAUGUGUCCCCAUCUGUGUCUCUGAAGAUCGAUCCCCAGACAUCGACAACUACUCUGAGGAAGAGGAGGAGAGCUACUCUUCAGAGCAGGAAGGCAGCGACGAUCCCAUUCAUGGACAGGUGUGUUUGAAGAAGAGCAAGUGUUGAUUUAAGCAGCCAAUUACUCUCAGAGAUACUCUUACUCUCUUGAGUCAAUUUGCCAGCUGAGGAUGCUGUGUCAUGUUAUAUUUCGCUCACAGUAUUUCAGCUUUCUAGUGAGGGUACACAGAAAUGUCAUUCUUUGGCUAAGGACCAAGCUCGUGCUCCUUUGGUAAAGGGAUUGAACCCUCCACCCCGUACUCCCGGAGCACCCCCCACAGGAUUCCCCAAGGGACCCGGUCGUAGGCCUUCUCCAAGUCCACAAAACACGUGGACUGUUUAGGCAAACUCCCAUCUCCGGUCAAGAACCCGAGCGAGGGUGAAGAGCUGAUUCAUCGUUCCAUGACCGGGACAAAAUGUAUUGUUCCUCCUCGAUCCGAGGUUCAACUAUCGAUCGGACCCUCUUUUCCAGCACCCUGGCGUAAGCUUUCCCGGGUAGGCUGAGGAGUGUGUUCCCCCCUGUAGUCGGAACACACCCUCUGGUCCCCCUUCUUAAAGAUAGGGACCACCACCCAGGUCUGCCAUUCCAAAGGCACUGCCCCUGAUUUCCAUGCAAUGUUGUAGAGGCGUGUCAGCCAGGACAGCUCCGCCACAUCCAGAGCCCUCAGAUACCCUGGGUGGAUCUCAUCCGCUCCUGGAACUCCGUCGCCACAGAGUUGUUUUACUACCUUGGCGACUUGUACCCCAGUGAUUGGAUGGCUAUUUCAGCUGUUUAACAAUCAAAUACUUGAUUUUUGUUUGGAAAGCGUAAAUUAUGUUCCUUAUACACAUGUUUACCAAGGCUUAAAUUUGAAAAGUCAACUAGUCUAACAGGUCGGUAACACUCAACAUCACAGUUUCCUAGUAAAUUAUGUUUGUUUGCCGUUAGCAGAUCUAGCACCACCAGCCUCCUUGCAGGUUUGAAGCAUUACCAGAGCUGCCAAGCCUCACGCUUUGAGUGUGACAGUCACGCAGUUUCAGUUCCAUUCUUAAACCACAUGCCAAACUUGACAUUUCUCACACUUAUAUUUCCCGAGUCAAUACUCUGUAUUUACUUUUUUUUAUGAUAAUAAACUUGGCUCGCCGUAGUUCGAGUAACUCUGAUUGACGGACCAAGAUGACCAAUCCAUCAGUGCCUAAAUCUAACCAAACAUGGAAGGCACUGAUGCAUUGGUCUGGGAUUGGUCAUCUUGGUCAGUUGAUGAUCACACAUUAGAAUUCACUGAGAUCAAUGAGAAAUUCAUUCAUAUCAUGACAUCACCAGACACUGAAUAUCCUUAAAAGGAAGAACGCAACUUUGUUGCAUUGCAGCAGUAAAAGAGGCUUCUAGAAUGCUGGGGUUUAGAAUGCUGGGGUUUAGAAUGCUGGGUUCCGGAGUGGGGAAGACAGCAGCCUGAAAUAUGUUCAGUUUGUUUGUUUAAAGCCAUCUUUAAAGAUUCACAAUUUUCACAAUAUACAUGGGAAAAUCGAUCCCUAUCUGGUUUUUUUUACUGAGUGACCUCCUUUACUCAUGAUCCAAAUAUCUCGAAUGUAAGAAACUCAAGGAGGAAAUCCCAUCGUCUCUCGUCUCUCCUGUCAGACAGCCUUUGGUUAAUCUUGAGAACACAUUCGAGGUAUUUGACUCUUUUCCAAUUAACUCUCUCUCUCAUAAAAACCCACAUAUGGACAUCAAAGCUUAACAAGGUCAAGUCAAAUCAAUUAUGUAUCCUGAGUGUCCUCGGGAAGUACAGCCUGCUGCAUGCCCCCUGAAGAGGUCUUGAGAGGAGGGAAUUAUUUUUGAAUUAGACCCUGAGGUGCUUGUUAUAGUCCGACCUCUUCGCUCUCUCUUCCUCCUCGGGGACAAUCAGGACAAGAGACCUGCUGUUCCUCUCCAACUCCAGGUUAUUGGUUUUGCUGGUAUGGAGGUGACUGUUGAUGAAAAUAGUCUCUGUGACGACGGUAUGAUUCAUGCCGGGUAUUAGUCACUUGAAUUCUACAUGUCAAUGGGAGAAAUGAUCAGUACAUGUAUUAUAUUAUGGAGAAGGAACAUGGGCCUAUAUGUAACCGGCGGUGGCAGUUCCAGUUUUCACUGUGUGUGCCGACGCUUCGCUUAUGAAAGAAGGUGUGAGAGAGGAUGUGGGGGGGAAUCGGUGCCCAUCGGUGCGAGAGAUUGGAGGAACGAGUGAAAGGAGCGAACAGACAGUCGGGAGAGAUAAGGAAGGAGUCACAAGGCAAUGGAGGUGGGAUUGAAAAGACUGAAAAUAGGGAGGCUGAGGAGUGGGGGAGGAGUGUGAAGGUGAAGGGUGAGGGAAGCUACUGAAGGGCAAGAGGAGCGAGGAGAGGCUGAAUCAAGGAUUGUUAAAUUAGAUUUUUAAUUUUAAGACAUUGUGAGACACCUGUAGGGGGGACGACUGCACAAUAUUAUGUCAUCUUGAUUAGAGUGUUAUGGAAGAGGAUUAGGGCCAGUGGGAAAAAAAAUAAAAGGUCCAAUAUAUUUUUUUAUUAUUAUUCUAAGUCAGAAUAAUAAAAAAAAAUCUGAUUUUUGAGUUUAAACUCCUUAAACAAUUGAAUCUCGGAAUUUUGACUUUAAACUCAAAAUACGUAAAAUCCCGAAAUUCUGACUUAAAUCUCGGAAUACUUAAAUCUCGAAAUUCUGACUUAAAUCUCGGAAUACUUAAAACUCAGAAUUCAGACUUUAAUCACGGAAUUUUAAAUUUAAACUCAGAAUACUUGAAUCUCGGAAUUAUGACUUAAAUCCCGGAAUUCCGUAUUUAAACUCAAAAUACCUAAAUUUGGGAAUUCCAAUGUUUUUCUCAGAAUUCUGACUUUAAACUCAGGUUUCUGACUUUAAUCUCGGAAUUCUAACUUUAAACUAAAAAAACUUCAAACCCAGAAUUCUGACUUUAAUCUCGGAAUUCUGACAUAAAUUUCGGAAUUCUGACUUUAAUCUUUAAAUACUUAAAACUCCGAAUUCAUACUUUAAUCACAGAAUUCUGACUUUACACUCAGAAUUCAGACUUUACGACCGAUAUAUAACGCUUAUAAUUUAAUAUCAUUCCAGGCUCAGAACAAUCUAACAAAUGCACUCCAAGUUUAGUCUGUCGGAAAUGGUUUGUUCCAUCAGAGGCUCAGAGCGUCCAGAGCAACAGCUAGCUACGUAUCUUUCUUUAAACGAGCUAGCGAAGCCAUUGUAGCUCAUUUUUCACACAAAUGGUGAAUUUUUAUUUAAACUUCUGUUUCAUGUUGAUCCAGGCUUUUGUUAUACAUAACUUUUCAUAGUUAGGGGUGCAGCUAAGUUGGUAAAAGCCCACCUAAGCUUCUCAUAUUUGCCCGUGUCAAGGUUGAUCAAAAGUAGCUUGAGUUAGCAUUUCCAAUGUAGCGCUAGCUAUUUUUGGACUUAUCCAGAAACCAGUAGUUAAAGUCAUAGAGGCUAUAUCCAUUUCACAGAUUGUGGAUGUUUGUACGAAGUGUUGCUCAUGUUUCUUGCCCUGCUUGACCGUGUUAAAAUGUUAAUCCCAGACCAUGACUUUUGAUUCCGGUCAGAAAUGCGAAAUUCGGGUUCGGGUUAAUCUUCAUUUCCAGUUGUGAACAAACAUAAUGACAAGUUAUUUCUAUUUCAUACUCAAACUUUGUGUCUUUGCUUUUUUCCAUUUUUUUUUCAGUAUUUGUACGACGAAGAAGACGAAGUGAGGAAGAAAAAACCGAGGCGCAAGCUUCCUUCGAACGCUGCCAUUACCAGAGUAAGAAAACCACUCCUCCUGUCAUUUAUCCAUCCUUUAACCCUCUAUCUCGAUCCGCCUCGUAAUUUACUGCAAACCUGCUCAUGAAAAAAAGCCCGGAGUGUCCCCUCAACCGCCUCCUGCCUCACCUCAUUCAACCUCGCCUCGUUUCUUGGCUCCUUAUCAGUCCUCAAACCUCCCCUCCCUGUUUGUCACUUUGUCUAUAAAUCCAUUUUCUCCCUCUCACCCUGGAAACAUGUAUUUCCUUCCAAUUUACCGGGGGACAAGUCAACACAUGCACAGUUGAUAACACUACCUCCUUCCUGGGAUGCAAGGACACGCAUGCCCACACGUACACAGACGCUUGUGCACAAUCACUCAGCGGGAGCAGAGAUUAAAACACGAAAUUGUCUGCAACCCUGAAAAGUUACAAUGACCUGCAAUUUCUCUGAAGGAGAGCAUUUUAUAAGUCAGUGUGUGUGUGUGUGCGCAUGUGUGUGUUAAAGAGUGUGAGGCUGUGUGUAUUUGUAGAUAGCAGCAGGAGUUUGUCUCAGCAGGUUAUUAAUGGAGUGCCCAUGCGGUGGUCUCAGAGAGAUUGUCCCCGCCGUUCCUCUAACACCACCGCCUGUGGGCAACACACAAACACACGUACUUGCAGUUAUGUCAAUUUGAGGACUCUUAAUAACGCCUUACCUUAAUGAGAAUCUCAUUCAGUACCUCAGUCCUUACACAAACCUUACUUAAGCGGAAAUUUCUUCAUUUUUCAAAAGGUCCUCAUUCGGCAGAAACUUAGACAUGGUCCUCACUAAGAUAAGAAAACAAGUUCAGUCUCAACACACACUAAAAAAAAUGAUCAUUUCUGUGAGGCUCAGGUACAUGUGGGACAAGGACACACUUCAAACCCAUUACCCACUGAAACCUCCGCCCUGGACUAACACACAAACACGUUUAAGUGUUUUAAGAGGGACAUUUGACCCCGGGAUAAACACAAAGUUGAUCCUCUUCAGUUUCUAGUAAAAAUUUAGGAAACAGCCUCCAAAGACACUUGACCUCUUAACAGCCUCUCAUAUUUACACUCAGGAUGCUGAUGAGAUUUUGUGCUUGUUGUUUAUGUUCUCCACCGCUUUCACCUGUACUCACUAGUGGCUAAUGCAGUUUAGGAUUUUAGCUUUCCUGUGCACUCAGUUUGAAGUAGUUCAACUUUGGGAACACUAACACACUCCACACUGUUUCCUCUCCUUUAAGAAAAGAAGAAGUAGAGGAUAAAAAAACAAUCAGACUUGUACUUAUGAGGGUUUAGUGUCCAAGUUGAGCUACUUUUAACCCCUUGACAUGGUUGCUUAAGUUGAAUAAGAUAUUAGAUUAUGUUAGAUUCAACUUUCUUGUCAUUACACUUGUUUAGAACAAUGCAACCAAAUGCAGUUUAGCAUCUAAUCAGGAGUGCAAUCAUGCAAGUAUCAAAUAGUAUUAACAACAUAGAUAAAAAUAUAUGCAUACCUAUAUAUAAAUGUGUGUAUAUAUAUAGAUAUAUAUAUAUAUAUAUGUAUGUAUGUGUGUAUAUAUGUAUAUAUUUAUAUAUGUGCAUAUAUAUGUGUGUGUAUAUGUGUGUGUGUGCAAAUAUAUUUACAAAUAUAUAUACAUAUGUGUGUAUAGAAACAAAUAUACGUGUGUAUGUGUAUAUAUGUGUGUAUAUAUAUACAUAUAUAUACAUAUAUGUGUGUGUAUAUGUGUAUAUAUGUAUGUAAGUGUGUGUAUAUGUGUGUUAGGUGUAUAUUUGUAUAUAUAUGUGUGUAAAUAUAUGUAUUUCUACACAUAUAUACAUAUGUAUAUAUACACAUAUAAUUGUGUGUAAAUAUAUAUUUAUAUAUAGAUACACACACAUAUAUGUGUAUAUGUAUAUAUAUAUAUAUAUGUACACAUAUACACAUAUAUGUGUACAUAUAUAUAUAUAUACACACACAUAUAUAUGUAUAUAUAUGUGUGUGUAUAUAUAUAUAUACACACAUAUAUGUGUAUAUAUGUAUAUAUGUAUAUAUAUAUAUGUGUGUGUAUAUAUGUAUAUCUAUAUGUAUAUAUACAUAUACGUAAGAGAUGGUAUGAAGUUGCUGUCAGUAUUUACAUUAAUUACAUUUAACUCACUUAUUUAAGCCUCCAAAGCAACUUGGAAUAGACUUAAAGGGAUAGUUCAGUAUUUUUAAAAUAUAUAAGUAAGUGUCUUAGCCACAAUGGAUACCAGCUAGUUCUAGCUAGAAAAUACCAGGAGCCUCAAAAUGAAGCCCAUUUUGAGAAACUGGCCCAAAGACUCGUAAAGGGGCCAAGCUGAUCAGCAUUUAUUUUGGAUCAUGCAACAUUUAACUUGUACAACCCCACUUUAAAAACACUGAAAUAGCCCUUUAAUAGAUACUGCUACAAGAGGCAAAAGUGGACACAGGCCCUCGUCCUGCAUUUUGCAUUUUUACAACAAAUCUACUGAAACCCAACAGUGCUGCUGGUUCAUUUUUGGUAAAUAUUGACUGAUUUCCUCCAUUAAAGGAAAACCACCUUUGUGCUUAUUCAGAAAAACAUCUGCAGACGGAGGUGCGACCUGCUAACAUCUAUAACACAUACCCUCAGUUUGAUAGAGUCACAGCCUGGGGUGUGAUGAAACACAGACACAGAUAACACAUUUCACCAUAUAUGACACGCAGAAAAAUGUCCCGCUGCUGCAUCCAUUAACUGCUGUUGUUUUGAGUCGCCAAGCGUGAAAUGCGAGCUUGGAAAUCACCGCUCCAUCCUGCUCCUGUCAUCUCUUUCUCAGCCGUACGUCCCCUCCCCCUCUGACACUUUCUGAAAUAUAUAUUUUUCUCGAGUCUCACUUUCUCCUCCUUCUUUAUCUCUUUUCUGUCUCGCAGCAACCGAACAUCAAGCAGAAGUUUGUGGCCUUGCUGAAAAGGUUCAAAGUCACCGAUGAGGUGGGUCACACAUCCACUCUAUGAUGGAGGUUUCGGAGAGCGUGUGCAGGAGUCGACGUGUAUUUUCAGUUCUGGUUUUGAAGGCGAAGAGAGGUGUGUGUGUGGGAGAGAUGUGGCAGAACAACUGAGAUACAGCUGGCAGCUCGAAGAAAAGAAACACCAAACAUUGUCAGUGAAGAGAGAGCAGAAAUGUGUCUAUUUUAAGGUGUUUAUUUUCCUCUGGAGAGAUCACAUCAAAGCACGAGGCUGACAGAUUUUUCAUGUCUUAUCAACACCGGCUCGAGCAUCAGGACUAGUUUUUAUUUUCCCUCUGCAUGUGUCUGUUGUUCACAUGUCUUCUAUGUGUCUCGUCCAGGUCGGUUUUGGCCUGGAGCACGUGUCCAGAGAGCAGAUCCAGGAGGUGGAGGAGGAUCUGGACGAGCUCUACGACAGUCUGGAGAUGUACAACCCCAGCGACAGCGGGCCGGAGAUGGAGGAGACCGAUAGCAUCCUCAGCACGCCCAAACCGAAGCUGAGGUAGCAUCAUAGACACAGACAUAAGUGUAACAGCCUUUCAACUCAUACUACUACUUUGAGUCCUGUUAUUAAAGCUCCUGUAAGGGGUUUUAAGGUAGUUAUGAAACUUUAAAGUCUCUAGUUUUCAGGCAUUAAAACUUACAUUAUUAUAAUCAUUAAUCUUUCUCCUGAUCAUGAACAAGCAGAAAUGUGAAUAUCAGUCCAUUUCACGAAUGUUGAAAAAAAAGUCCUCACAGGAGCUUUAAUGUCCAAAAUCACUGCCAGGGGGGUAGAUGUCAGAUAAACAGAACAACAGCAUGUUGUAGAAAAAGACUCUUAAUGAGUGAUUAAUUAAACUGUUCAAGAAAGUUAAAUAAAAUCUUGCACAUCUACAUGACAAAACUAGCAAAAUUAACCUGAUUUAGACGGCCAAUUUUGACCGAAAAUGCACGCCAUUUGAACAUCCGAUUUGGAGGUCCACAAGACGUCCAAAUUGGGCGUCCAUAUGACAUCAGAAAAAGACUGCACUUUCAUUCUGCACCUUGACGUCGAAAAAAAUAAUAACUUAAAUAGAUGUCAUUUCGACGUCACAUUGGGCUGUAGGGUUAAGAGGCAUUACUUUGUCCACUAUAUGUGCUAAAAUUAAAGGUUCCUUACUGGAGCUUUAAAUACCUGAAAGUUAUUUCCCUGAGUAGAUUUUUUUUAAUCAACUUUGAAAUAAAAAAUAUAUGGGGGUGACCAUUUUUAUUUUUUAACUGAAUUUUUAAGCCCAAGUUGAUGAUUUUAGUACAAGUCCUGUUUCUGACGAGGCAAAUGGCCAAUCAUAGUGCAGGAAUCUUUAAAGGUGGCCGACCAAGGGUGGGCUGGUGCCCCCACUGCGCCACUCUUUGGAUCCACCCCUGUGUAUAUAGUAUAUGAAACACCAAAUUUGGAUUUUGGUCCCAAGUUAGACAAACAUUUGCUCUUGACAAAAGUGUGUAAAAUUAGGUAAAAACUAAACUGAACAAAUCAGUAUUUUAUUUGAUUAAACGUACAUUUUUUACAUAGUUUUUAACAGGUCAGAAUAGUUAAAUUUUUUUUUGCCAAUCUCAGCUUCAUACAUAUUGCAAUUGGGUCAUUAUAUACUGGUUUGUAUGCAAAAUUUAUGUCAGUUUUUUUGACAAAUGUUCAAUUAUGUUUGUAAAGAAAUCUAAUUCCAACAAAAUGAAGUUACAUUUUACUCAAAGAGAAGUUGUAAAAAGGAAAAGGAAGUAAUCUUAGUCCAUCUUUUCACAAGAAAAAAGGAAGUAGUCUUAGUCCAUCUUUCCACAAUAACAGACUACACUCCCAUCAUGUCUCUGAAGUAUCUUUGUUAUUUUGUACAAAAGUGUCUUUUUUUAGUUCUUCUCGUACCAUCGACCUCGAGACACCGCACAGAAAAGCCUGUUCCUGUAAAGUGUGGGUGCUGCGUUCUCACUGUUCCUACAUUCAGAGCCUGUAAACACAGUUUCUCAAUGUUCCUCUGAUAAUUCAGAGCUCCCUCUGUUGGUGGAAACAGAGCAUUGCAGUUACAUGUAGCAGAAAUUAGUCAGUUUAUUUUGUAUCUAUCUAGAUUAUUAUUGGGGAUCAGAGAGUGGCAGAAGAACUAUUUUUAAGUCGUUCUUCAAAUCUCAUUUUUUACACCUCCCUUGUGAUAUUUUCUCGGUUUCUUUUUUUCCCCUUUUCCUGUUUUUUGGUCUAAUUCUCAAGUCUCAGAAAGCAGCCGAUUUUGACUUUACUUUUUAAUAUUUUGUGACUAACCACUAAGUUUCUUUCCAGGCCGUUCUUUGAGGGGAUGUCUCAGUCCAGCUCUCAGACGGAGAUCGGCAGUCUGAACAGUAAAGGCAGCUUGGGGAGAGACACCUUCAGUCCGGUGAGUAACUCAAACCUGCAGGGGAGGAGAAGAAGCAGGAGCAGCUGCAGCAUCAGCAGGAAUUUCACUGCUGUGAGCUGCAGGGCGUCCAAGAAAACCUGAACUGUGUUGUCUUUUUUUUUCUUCUUUUAAUCCCUGUCUCACCGGUCGGUCUGUCGCUGAGUGCAGUAAAUAUUUAUUGCCCCUAAAGGGCGUCUGACUCUACAACAUAAAAGCCUCCUUAGCAACUGUGUUUAAAAGAGCGGUGUGGGGGUGAAGCGAUGACACAAACCUGAGAGGUUUUCUUUAGAGAAGUCAGCGCUGAAUUGAAGAUUUUUCUUUGAGCUGUCGGAGGAAUAAGCAGCUUUUCGACUUUAUAUUUCAUCACCCUGUGACACCCAGAGGGGAUAAAUCAAAGAGGUUACACGAUGGUUGAGAAAACACGUUUUUAACAGAAAAUAUUUGAUAUUUCUCUCUCAAAAAUCCUCAAAAUGAGCUUUUUAUGAGUGAACUCCGUAAUUCAAGUCCAUUAAAAGUGUUAAAGGUGAUUGGAUGGAGAGGCAGAGCAGGAGAUUGUCUCUUCUGCUGGUCUGCUGCUGCUGCAAUUAAGGAGAAUUAAAUACACCUGCUGCAAUCAAGGGCAAUCAGCUACACCUGGGAGUGUGGCUGGCUAUCAGGAGUAUUUCUUUGCUGUAUGUGAUUGAGACUUGGUAGUUUUUUGUGUAUGAAGUGUCAGUAAAAGAUACAACCCAGAGCUCUACACCCUUUCUGCCCUCCGUCCACCCUGUUUGUAGAGGUGUACCAACAUCUAAAACCUUACAAAAACAUGUAUUCAUGAGGGUUCAUCCACACUUUCUAGUCGACAUGAUAGUUAAUAAUGUAAGAAAGUGGCAGAAAACUGUGAAGAAAACACCAUCAAUCAGAAACCAGCAGGGUAUUGAUCGGUGUGGUAAAUAAAUGUCCUGAAUGUGAAGCCCAUAAAAAUCGCCCAGCGGGGGGGGCUGGUUUGUGAAUAUGAAAUUCAUGAAUGUGUCACACUAACGUUUCCUGAACAGAGACCCAAUCCAAUACAUCUCUGCUGAAUGAAAACAGUUCAAUCCGAGCGAGCCGAAUGGAUUUUACUGGAUGUGUUUGUGCUGCAGCUCCUUCUGUUUUUAUCGCUGCGCUGAAACGAGACCUUUUAUGACGCCGCUGAUGACUGCACUUUUAAAAAACAUGCUAGAGUCGGAAAAGUCUGUUUUUAUUAACGUAAACACUCACUAAAAAGAUGAGUUUUGUCUAGGGUGACUAUAUUCUGACUUCCCAAACAGAGGACACGACUACUCGGGGGCGGAGUCAUUGAGUCGCACUAAGUUAAUUUGAACUGAAUCACUAGAAUCAGUUCACUAAAAAGAUUUGUUCAAAAGAUUCGUUCACUGAACAGUCACUGAAGAAUUCACACUGAACUUUGUCACAUGCUGUGUCCUGUUGUAUGUAAGUUGUUGUGGUGGCAAUUUAGCAGUAAAAUAUUUUAAAAAAGGUAGUUUUGUCUGACAAAAAUGAUUCCAGAGUGUAGUUCAAUACGUGAUUCGUUCACCAAGUGAUUCAGGUGUCGGUGCAUUUGGUGCCUCGUUCACCGGCUGCCCUGCUGACAGCUCAACUGAAGUGAGAAAUCAAACGAAUCACUUCCACUAGUGAUUCGUUCGAUUCUAAAUUCAGCUCAACUGAAGUGAGAAUCAAACGAAUCACUUCCACAAGUGAUUCUUUUGAAUCUCAGUUCAGCUCAACUGAAGUGAGAAAUGAACGAAUCACUUCCACAAGUGAUUCUUUUGAAUCUCAGUUCAGCUCAACUGAAGUGAGAAAUGAACGAAUCACUUCCACUAGUGAUUCGUUCAAUUAUCACUUCAGCUCAACCGGUGAGAAUUGAAUGAAUCACUUUCACAAGUGAUUCUUUUGAUUCUCACUUUAGCUCAACUGAAGUGAGAAACGAACGAAUCACUUGAGGAAGUGAUUCGGUUCAGUACGUUCACUCAAAAGAUUUGGUCCUUUUGAACGAAUCGUCUGUGAACGACACAACACUAAAAGAGGACGUAUGGUCACACUAGUUUUGUCUUCACAGCUGCUGCAUGUAGACUGACUGUAGUUCCCUCGUCUCUCCAGCAGGGGGAGCAGCAUCCUCUGGAGAAGAUGAAACACUCACGCAGCCGCAACCUGGAGGAGGCGCUGUCUGAGACCGACACUCUGGUAAAACUUGUGUGUGUGUGUGUGUGAGAGGAGAAUAAAUGGUGUGUCAGCAUCUUCGUUAAUAUCACUGUGAAGUUUUUUCGCUGCCAUCUGCACCGCAAGAGAGACAGAUUGAGAGUGACGGAGACGAUCAAGAGGAUCUCCUCUUUGUGACACUGAUAGUCUGUCUGUCUGUGUGUGUGUGUGUGUGUGUGUGUGUGUAGGAGCUGACAGAUCAGGAGCUGUUCGCCGAGGUGGGCCCCUGCAUCACGGUGUCUGUGGCUGAGAAACCCCGUACGCCCUUAAAGAGCAGCAAGAGUGAAACCCAGGCCAUGCCGUCACCUAGGUAACGAUCGGCAAAAACAGACCGAUAUCAGAUGUCGAUAUUUCUGAGUAACCGACGAUAAAAAGUCACUUCUCUGACUUUUUUCCCAGGUUGGAUGGAGGCCACACCCCCCGGCAGAAGCGGAUCAGCACGCCCAUGAAGGAGCGCCAGCUUUCCAAACCUCUGAGCGAACGCACCAACAGUUCCGACUCGGAGAGAUCCCCGGAGCUGGGCCACAGCACGCCGGUGAGUCUUUCCAGGAUGCUCUUCUAAUCUCCGACGCUGAAAUAAAUCUUCACAUUGUUGUCGAGCGUUCCCACCGAGGGAUUUACGCUGCUGCCGCUUUUGUUCUGCCGACUCCUCCUCCUCCUCCUCCUCCGCUGAUCAUCUCUGACUCGCCUGAAGCUCCCAGAUGAAUUAUAUAUGCGGCGAUGAGUCAUCAGCGGAGUAAACGUGUCGCUGCAGGGGGGGUCACACGCUUAAAUUUGUGUGUUUGUGUGUUUUUUGUGCGCGCAGCUCCUGAGGAAGGUGGUGUACGACCAGCUGAACCAGAUUUUGUUAUCGGAUUCUGCGCUACCUGAGAGCCUGAUCCUGGUGAACGGCACAGACUGGCAGGGACAGGUAGGACUCGGAGUGUGUGUCUGUGUGUGUGAGUGUGUGUGUGUGUGUGUGUGUGUGAGUGAGUGUGUGUGUGUGAGUGUGUGUGUAGAGUCUUCUGAGCUGUUUCCUCACAUUUCUUCCUCCUCCCGUGUCACAGUAUGUCGCCGAGCAGCUCCAGGUCCAGAGACACCCGGUGGUCUGUACGUGUUCAGCCGCUGAGAUCCAGGCGGUGCUGUCCGCGGUGCUCACUCGCAUCCAGAAGUUGUGAGUGUGUUUUUUUAAUUUUGGUGAAGUAAACACACAUACGCACACAGACACACACAGUCAGAGUUCAGGCCACCCUUGUUUGGCAGCAUGACUCAUCGUCUUCGUCCUUUUCCUGCUCGAAAUCGUAUUUUUCUGCUCUCUGCCUGACCUCCUUUUUUUCAUCCAUCCUCCACAUCUCUCCUUCCUCCUGGCUCCAUCUCUAUAAAUUCAUUUCUUUUUGUGCCGAUUCAAACUUUAGAGUCCCCUCUGGUCAAAAACGUCUCCUCCUUUUUCACCCCUGACCUCUUCUUAUCCUCUCUCUGUGAGUCUUUAAAAGAUUAAUACGGAUAAAGGAGGAUAAACUCUGGUCAGACUGUAGAAAAAGUUUGUGUUUCAUGUUUAAAUCACAGCAGGAUAAAAGUUUAGAGCUGUUUUAAAUUCAGGGGUUUAAACUAGGGCUGGGGCGAUAAACUGAAAAUUUACGGAUACGGAAAUUUACGACAAUAACCAACGUCAUUUUGCCCAUAUCGGUAUAUUCGGUGUAAAAAAAAAAAUAGAUUACUGAAAGUUGGUUUUGGAUGUUUGUUAGGUAGGCUACGGUCUCACAGUGUUUCCCCUACAAUAAAUUGCGUGCGCCGCUCCUGUAAUCUCACAUUAUCGUUAAUAUUAAUGCGCCACUAAUGAUUCCUACUCAUACUGUGUUAGCGCAACAACACAUGACGUUAAUUCCGACUUGUUUUGAGUCAUCAACGAGCGCAUCAGAUCCUGUCCGACCCUCUUCUGUUAUUGUGAAAGGUAACGUUCAAGGUUAUUCACGGUCUUUAGCAAGUAGCAUUAAUAGCAUUAGUAGCAUUAUCAAUGCGCACCGCUAAUGAUUUCUACGCACACUGUGUUAGCGCAACAACACACAACUUUAUUUUUGACUUGUUUGAAGUCAUCAACGAGCGCAUCAGAUCCUGUCCGACCCUCUUCUAUUAACACGAAAGGUAACGUUCAAGGUCAUACACUAUCUUUAGCGAUUAGCAUUAAUAGAAUUGGUAGCAUUAUUAAUGCGCACUGCUAAUGAUUUCUACGCACACUGUGUGAGCGCAACAGCACACGACUUUAUUUUCGACUUGUUUUGAGUCUUUUACGAACGCAUCAAAUCCUGUCGGACCCUCUUCUGUCAACGUGAAAGGUAAUGGUAUACACAGUUUAUAUAGCGAGUAGCAUUAAUAUCAAUGCGCCACUAAUGAUUUUUACUGCACUGUGUUAGCGCAACAACACAUGACGUUAUUUGCGACUUGUUUUGAGUCUUUAAUGAGCGUAUCAAAUCCUGUCGGACCCUCUUCCAUUAAUGUCAAAGGUAACGUUUAAGCAAAGCUAUAUAGCGAGUAGCGCGGGUAACGUAAUGUAAUGUGAACACAACAGCGUAGCUCCAUGAGCGGCAAGAGAGUGAAGGUAACAGCGAAAAACAGCAGAAAAAAAUUCUAGGGGAAACACUGGUCUCAUGUCCCUUUAAGACGAUGUCCUACGUCAGAGACAAAGAGGGAAAGACAAGUGAGGAGAUGGAGGACGGUUCAAAAGUUUUAGCAGCUGAAGUAGACGAAGUUAAUGUGAGAGGGGGUGAGCAGCUUGUGGAGUAGUUAUCGUCCUUUUACCGUUAUCGAGGUGAACUGAUCAAUAUAUCGUGAUAUUGAUUUGAAGCCGUAUCACCCAGCCCUAGUUUAAACUAUUAAGUCAGUGGCUGACAAGUUACAGCCACGGUCGAUUCUUUUGAAAUAUCUCUUAAAAAAGAUGUAAAAUACGUAAAUUUUGAGGUUUUUGACGUGUAGGAAAACACUUGUUUUUCAUUUUGAUACGACAUCUUCAGCGUCUUCAGUUUGACGGUUGAAUUUCCGGGUUUAUUUUACAGGUGGAGUUGCCGCAGCGUCGUUUGUUAUCUUGUCUCCUGUGUGUGUGUGAUGGAUGAGACUCUCCACUCACCUCUCUCUCUCUCUCUCUCUCUCUGUAGCUGUAACUGUAACUCAUCCAUGCCCCGUGCGGUGAAGGUGGCGGCCGUGGGCAGCCAGAGUUACCUGGGCGCCAUCCUGCAGUUCUUCGUCACCCAGCUCGCCAACAAGACGUCUGAUUGGCUCAACCACAUGCGCUUCCUGGUCGUGCCUCUGGGUAAGAGAGUCUCCGUCCUUUUUUUUGUUGCUUAGUCAUCCUCAAGUACUGAACGCCAUCUUAAUUUCACCUUCUUCUCCAGGUUCCCACCCUGUUGCCAAACACCUCGGCGCCCUCGACAACCGCUACAGCUCCUCCUUCCUGGAUGGCGCAUGGAGGGACGUCUUCAGCCGCUCUGAGCCGCCACAGACAGGUACCAAACGGCGCCGAUCCUUCUGCUUAAACGCUCGUUUUGACUCUGAAGUUCUUGAAAUUCCUCUCUUGUUUUUUUAAUUCUAGAUCAGCUGGACGUAGCGGGAAGAAUCGCACAGUACAUCAGCGGCGCCACCGUCACCCACCAGCUGCCCAUCGCCGAGGCCAUGCUGACCUGCAAACACAGGACGUGAGUAUAAGCAGGAAAAAACACGAUCUGGACCCCCUAGAACCGGUUUAAACGCUCUUUCUCUGUGGUCCACAGGCGAGAUGAAGACUCCUACCAGAAGUUUAUUCCCUUCAUCGGGGUAAGAUUUCACUCUGGACAGAAAAAAAGCAGAUUUUUAUUUUAAAUGCGGAUCUGUUUCUAACAUCAGUCCUUGUUCUUCAUCAUCAGGUGGUCAAAGUGGGUCUGAUCGAGUCCGGACAGUCUCCCACAGGUGAGUCUUUGAAAACUCGUCCUGUGUGUUUUUUCUGAAUCUGCUCAGUCGAUUGUUGACAGUUUCUUUGUUUUUUAUUUUAAAGGAGACACAGAGGAGGGUGUGGCGGUGAGCUUGGCUGUUCCCUCCACAUCCCCUCCCUCCCAUGGCUCCCCAACAGGGAUGAUUAAAGAGGCGGCCACUCCCCCUUCCUCCCCCUCCAUGGGCAGCGUCCUCACAGUACAAGGGUGAGCGUGACUCAGUGACGGCACUUUGAGUUUGUUAGUACAACAAAUAUAAAAAUAAGGUUUGCAAAAUGUGCUACGUAAAAAUAAAACACAGCGUAAAUAAGACAAAAUAAAGGAAAGCCAAAUGCUAAAUAAGCUUAACAGUUAAAAAUUUGUAUGAAUGACAAUAAUUUUGUAUCACAAUAUUCACUAUUGCAAAAGGUUAAAAAUCGCAAUAAUAAGUAUCGUGAUAAUAUUGCAUCGUGGCCCAAGUAUCGUGAUUAUUUCCCAUUGUGGCCCAAGUAUUGCAAAAACAUUGUAUCGUGGCCCAAGUAUCAUGAUAAUAUCAUAUCGUGGCCCAAGUAUCGUGAUAGGAUUGUAUCGUGGCCCAAGUAUCAUGAUAAUAUCAUAUCGUGGCCCAAGUAUCAUGAUAGUAUUGUAUUGUGGCCCAAGUAUUGUGAUAAUAUCAUAUCAUGGCCCAAGUAUCGUGAUAAUAUCACAUUGUGCCCCAGGUAUCAUGAUUAUAUUGUAUCGUGCCCCAAGUAUCAUGAUAGUAUAGCAUGUCAGCCCAAGUAUCAUGAUAAUAUCGUACCCUGGCCCAAGUAUUGUGAUAAUAUCGCAUCCUGGCUCAAGUAUCAUGAUAAUAUCGCAUUGUGGCCCAAGUGUCGUGAUAAUAUUGUAUCGUGGCCCAAGUACCGUGAGAAUAUCGCAUCAUGCCCUAAGUAUCAUGAUAAUAUUGUAUAAUGGCCCGAUUGUCGUGAUAAUAUCGCUUUGUGCACCAAGCAAUGAUAUCCCAAUCGUGGCCUAAGUAUUGUGAUAAUAUCGUAUCAUGGGGACACUAGUGAUUUCCACCCCUACUAGCAAACUGAUAAUUCUUGUUUCAAAGACUUUAAUCUGGACUCAAAGUUUUAAAGUUUGGUUCUGACUGUCUGGACUGGGUUGAGUCUGUCGCCUCUGGCGCCACUUUGUUCGCUCAGUGAACCGGUUCCAGGAAGUGAAAUGACUCUCUGGUUCCUCUGUGAAGGUUUGAUUCAGUCAGAGUUUCUGCUCUGCUUGCUGCAGUUCCUCUGCAGAGCUGACAGACUGCAGCUGUUCCUGCUCUAAUAUUUCCAUUUCAGCCUCUGCAGAGGACCGAUAGUGUGACUGUCGAACAUGAUGUACCAAAUUUAGAAGUUAAUCUCCUUUUUUUUAAACUGCUUCAGACAGAAAAGCUCCCUCUCCUGUGAAUGUGGUCUCAGCAGUUCUCAGGGAUUCUCCUGCUUUUGUCGUUUCAUAAUGUUCCUACAUGGAUCUCUGUCCUCAGGAGUCCCAGCAUGUCUCACGGAGUGGACGCCAUCGGCCUGCAGGUGGAUUACUGGCUCGCCUCGCUGGCUGAGAAGAGGCGGGAGGGCGAACGCCGCGACACGGGCUGCAAGAACACGCUGAAGAGCGCCUUCCGCUCGCUGCAGGUCAGCAGGUUACCAGGAGGGGGCAGCAGCGACCCACAGGCCCAAGUCAGCACCAUGGCCAUGACGGUGGUGACAAAAGAGAAGAACAAGAAAGGUGAGGCGAGGAUUUAAAAAAAAAACUCAAACUUUUCGUGGAAAUCUUUAGAAAGUUUUAAAGAUUUUUCAGGACUCUUAAUUUGAAAUGUUGAUAAAAAUUCUGUGAAAGUUUCUGAACUUUCAGGUAAAAAUGUAAAACUUCUUUAAUCACAAACUGAAUUUUUUUUUUCAAACCUCUUAAUUUGAAAUGUUGAUAAAAAUUCUGUGAAAGUUUCUGAACUCUUAGUUAAAAAUGUAAUGCUUUGUAAAUCAGAAAAUUAAAAAAAAAUUGAAAACUCUAAAUUUGAAAUAUUGAUAAAAAUUGUGUGAAAAUUUCUGAACUUUCAGGUAAAAAUGUGUAACUUUUUUUAAUCUGAAACUUGAAUUUUUUUUAAAACUCUAAAUUUGAAAUGUUGACAAAAAUUCUGUGAAAGUUUCUGAACUUUUAGAUAAAAUUUUUAACUUUUAAAUAAGAAACUUAAAAAAAGAUCAAAAUUCUAAAUUUGUAAUGUUGAUAAAAUUCUAUGAAAAUUUUUGAAUUUUCAGGUAAAAAUAUAAAACUUUUUCAAUCACAAACUUAAAAACAUUUUCAAAACUCUAAAUUUGAAAUGUUAGAUGAUUCUGUGAAAAUUUCUGAACUCUAAGGUAAAAUUUUGAGACUUUUUUAAAUCAGAAACUUCUCAUCAGCGUUUUUUUUUUUUAAUCAUCAAACUUAAGAAGUUUGAGAAUUAAAUAAAACAUGAACAAUUUUAAAACACUUUUAGAUUUUUUUAAGAAUUAAGCAGCUCCCCCCAUGGAGACGGCCAUGUUUCUACAGUAGUACAGAAUGGACAAACUUGAUUCCAUUCAGGCCUUUGGACGUUUUUGAUGCUAAAAACAUCACAGAUAUAUGAUCAUAUUGAUGAUGAAUCACAUCAGCUUCUUGUCCUUAAAGGCUAGGCAGGAGUGAGCAAGGGAGGAUGUCAAACUCUCACCAACAAUCCUUUACUAAACUUCCUCUCCGUAGUUCCCACCAUCUUCCUGGGAAAGAAACCAAAAGAGAAGGACGUGGACUCCAAGAGUCAGGUCAUUGAAGGCAUCAGUCGCCUCAUCUGCUCCGCCAAGCAGCAGCAGACCAUCCUGAAAGGUAACCAGAGCUUCCUCCAUGUUUGUUGUUUUUUGUUUUUCUCGUCCUGUCCUCUAACGUCUUUUCCGUCUCCUGCAGUGUCCAUCGACGGCGUGGAGUGGAACGAUGUGAAGUUCUUCCAGCUGGCCGCCCAGUGGCCCACACAUGUCAAAUACCUACCUGUCGGACUCUUUGGUUACAGCAAACCCCCCUCCUAGGGUCCGAAAAACCCGCCGACUCCUCUGACCACGACCGUCAGCGCGUCUGGAGCUGAGAGAAGACGCCAAGCAGACAGACUUUUCUUUCCCUUCGGUUUCAGUUUGGCCACAGUCGUCUAGUUUCUCUUUUGGCGAGGAGGACGAGGAGGUGGAGGAGGAGGAGGAGCGCUGUUACUAGUCACUUUAACGCCCCUUUUGUGUGCGUGUGUGUGCGUGUGUGUGUGUGGCGAGCGCAUGCACACGUGAAUGUACAGUAUGUGAGCGCGUGCGAAUGUACGAGCGUGUGUGCGCACAAGGGGCUUUACAGCACAAGUUCAAUAGUUAACUGCCAUUUAUGUUUCCGUUCUAUGGAAUGCAACAGCAUGCGACAACUCACCGAUUUCAAACGUUAAGACCCGCCCCCUCUGAGGCCCCUCUGCUCACCCCAACACCUGAUCCACAUGUGCAUGCUCUGAACUUACACUUACACCACUCAUGUGCCGUUAAAAAAAACAACAACAAAAUAAAAAAAUACAACAGAAACGCAUCAGGGCUUCAGUUUUUGCAUGAGAGAAAAAACACAAAGAAAAGUCUGUCCUGCUCGCGAAAAAACGCAGCGAAUCAAAGGCGUGCAUGUGACGAAUUUCACCUCCACAUCGACAGCACAGAUGCCCUAAAAAAAAACAGGUUUAGUCGAUUUAAUUUCAAGGGCUUCCAUUUGAUUCAGAAGAAGUUUUCUGUACUAAAAGAAGUCGUUUGGAUGUCUUAAAAAAAUGACGAGAAAGCGCAUCUAUUCACGGGGAAGUGUCUCUUUUUAUCGUGCUCCAGUGAUCAAUUGUAAAAGACUUCCCUUUAAAGGUGUUUUUGUGACGCAUCGUAAUUGUUUUCGUGAGAGAUUUCCAGGAUUUCAGGGCGGCAGUGCGGUUUUCUUUAGCUUCUCGUUUGCUAUGCACUUAUGAAAACACACCGGAGUGUUCGCAGAGAGCCAAAUAAAUGUGCAACAAGACGACUGAGACGACAGGAUGCGUAUUAAAACGGAUGAGAAAGGCGUGUUUUUAUCCUGCUUUUCCACGGGGAUGUAAACCGCGAACACGGCGGUCGAACCCCCUGCAAUAAAGCACAACGUUGUUUGAAAGGAAGCCCUUAAAUAUCUUCUUUAUCGGCAAUAUUCAGGCUGCAGACCCGCGCGGGAAUCAAACCGUUUUAGAGGUUUUCUCUGCGGGUUCGAGUUCUCGCGGCGCAGGUCUGCCACAUGCUUUCUCUAGAUUAUCGUGAGGUGAAUAGUGAGUGUUCAGUAUCUGGUAACGCGUGUGUGUUAUUUGGUGAAAUUAAUGUAACGUGGUCACAGACUUUAUAAAAUAUCACUUAUUGAGAUGAUUAUUUUUUCCUACCAUGUGACAGAGGGGACAUGCAUUUAGAGUGUGUGUGUGUGUGUUUAUGUUUGCUGGCAGUGUGUGUUGCUGAUGCGGUCAGUAGAGGCUGCAAACGCUGCAAUAUGUUUCGUGUGUUCGCUGUAGUUUGGCACAAGACAAACGCUUCAAUUUUUAAAAGUUGGUGAAAAGGUUCAGAAAGUUUGUUUAAAGUCAGCUUGUCUCUGAAUUUAAAGGGAUUGUUGUUUAAGUUCUGAAAAAAUGAAAAUAAAACUGAAUGUUUUAAUUAAAGGUAAAAGUCAGAAUUCUGGAUUUAAUUAAGAACUGCUGUUAAAAGGGAAACUCCCCACAGGCGCUUUAAGUGUGAUGAUGAUAAUCUGCCUAAAUUCAUUAUCCAUAAAAAAAAAAAAAUUGAAAAAAAUUUAAAACAACAAAAUUUUAGUCUUAAAAACUUGUCCACAAUCAUCCUCUGUAGAAAUCAAAUCAAACAUGAGCCAUAUUUUGUUGUUGUUCAAUUUGUGAUGUCACAAAUUGUUGAAUCUCCUUAAAAGAGCGUAAUUAACGUAACACCCAAUAGAAACGUCCGACCCUGUUUUUUUGGUCCCAAGGAUUUGCAGCAUCGGAUAUGGGGUCCAAAACAUGUGGCCAUUACUCAUAAUUUGUCAUUUUCAAAAGGCAAACGCUUUAUUCUUAAAAGUUUGGUGAAAAGUUUCAGAGUCAGGCACGGAAAGUUUGUUUAAAAUCAAAUUUUCUCUGAAUUUAAAGUCAGGGAUUGUAUAAGUUAAAAAAAAAAGAAAAUAAAACUCAAUUCAUGUCAAAAGUUAGGAAUAUUGUAAGUCAAGAUAAAGGUCAUAAUUCUGGAUUUAAUUAAGAACUGCUGUUAAAAGCGAAACUCCCCACAGGAGCUUUAAAUGCAACAUGAUAAUUUGCCUAAAUUCAUCAUACAAAAAAAAAUAACAAAACAAAAAAAUUUCAAACUACCUAAUUUUAUACUUGUAAAUUUGUCCACAAUCAUCCCCUGUAGAAAUCAAACAUGAGCCAUUGGUGAAAAUUAGUGAAACUCCCCACAGAUGCUUUAAGUGCGAUUAUGAUAAUCUGCCCAUAUUCAUCAUCCGUACAAAACAAAAAAAUCUUUAAAAAAAUAUUGUAAUAAAUUGAAACAACCUAAUUUGGACUAAUAAAUUUGUCCACAAUCGUCCUCUGUAGAAAUCAAAUCAACUCAAACAUGAACUAUAUUUUGUUGUUGUUCAAUUUGUGAUGUCACAAAUUGGUGAAUCUCCUCAAUUGAGUUUCACUAACCUAACACCAAACUGAAUCUUCCCGCACUGUUUUCUGUUCCUCAGGAUUUUCAGCAUUAGGUUAAGGGUCCAAAACAUGUGGCCAUACCUCAUAAUUUGCUAUUUUGAAAAGAGAAACACAACUGGCAACAGUGUAAGAGUCUUCUAGAGAGAUGGGGGUGCCCCAAAAAGAGAAUAAAAUUUUUCAAAGUUGCCAGCCUUAGAUAGGAAAAAAUUUCAAGCUCUUCAAACUCGUCACCUGUGUAGCUCUGCCUUGUGCCACCUACAUCGUAACACUGUCCAUCUGCAGUCAGGUAUUAGCGAAACAGGUUCUUCUUGCAGCGUGAAUUCAGUGAGACUUCUGUUUGAAUCUAGAUCUAGAAUCUAGUCGAUGUUCCAGUGUUACAGUUGUGAUGUCAGCAGCACGUCUUAAACUCGCCUCAUUUCUUUGUUUCGACAACAGCCGAAGGGUUUCAGAGCUCGCUUUGCUUGUUCACUCUCUGUUUGCUUAACUCUCGUCACCCAACAACAAACACCCUGUUGGUGCCGGCGAGCGUUAAGUACUUCCAAAUAUUUGAAUGUAUUGAAUUAAGUUUACACUUUUUUGUAACUUUUUACAGUUCAUGUGGGAUAUUAGAAAUGUUUCACCAGUGCAGUACAGUCAUUUUAGACAGACAGAGACAGCGGGCCGCUUGAAUGCACCCUUCUUCAAACCUGUAACCAGUUAAGGGCUUGACAGACUGACCGACCACGUUAUCGGUGAGCUUUGAUGUACCGUAGUUUGAUCAUUUCAUUCCAAAUUUACCCACAUUUAUGGAAAACUGCUCCCAAAAAGUUGCUUUUAAAGUCAAAGUAAACAUAAACUGCUGUUAUAAAUAAACAAGAAUCAUAUUCUCAUCAUCAUAUCUAUCAUCUUUCCCUCACUGUCAUUAAAAUAUGGUAAUUUGACACUUUUGACUUCCUUAAAGACGAUUACAAAGAUCUGCUGUUGUGCGUAAAUGUCAAUAAAUUUUGGGUUGCCGAGUUUUGAGGGAAAAUUUUUGCUAAGUUUACCAAAGGUUUGUACAUUUGGUAAACUUCGCAAAAAUUUUGUGUUAAUAUUUUGUGUUUAAAUAAAAACAUCACUGCAAGAUUAAGAAAUGCAGAUAAAUGAAAGAGAUUCUGUGGCAAACCCAAAAUUUAUUUACUUUAUGUUACGUAAUAAUGUCUCUAACUUUUAGUCAAAACUCAAAAAGGUGACUCUAAAGCUCUUGUGGGGGUCUUUUGACUUGUGUCCAUUUUGGUUCCCCCCUGUGGACAAGCUAGUCAUUGCUUGUCAUGUCUCCUACAUUAAGUGGAAAUUUUUUUCAUUCAAAAAAACUAUCCUGCUGACCCUUUGACCUUCAUUUGUGUCAUUUAGUGUGAAUAUUUUGUGUGUAAAUUGUAGAGGCAGGGCGGACACCAGGGCUAUCUUGUCGCUGAUGGUCUUGUUUGAUUUUCGACAUCAUGAAAAGUCAUCAGUAUGAAUUCCUCACAGGAGCUUUAAAGAAAGCGUAAUUCAUAAAAGACACCAAAUCAUUGAUUUCAAAAUAAAAGCAUCUUUAAAGAAUUUCUACCGUGUUUUGAAAUUAAAUAUUUGAUAUUGAACUGAAACUAUAACCGUGGGUGAUCUUGUGUCUGCUGCUUAUGGACGACCUCACUAACACAAACUGCUCUUUGCCUUGUAGUGUUGUUUGUCUCAUUAUUGUAGUGAUGUGAUUUUAAAAUGGUCCGAAAUUGUAUGAAGUCAUGAUUCGCCUCUUUUAUUUUGAAGGGAGCAGGUAGAACUGAACUUUCUUCUUGAAAGAGAGGCAUCAAAAUAAAAUCACUGCCAAAACCACAAAGUGAGGAAAUCGUGAUCAUAAUCUGAGACAUUUGUGGAUUUGUUUGAUUUCAGUCGGAUCAGUGAAACUCGUAUUCAAGUCAGCAUUUCAACGUGUGAAGGAGGUGAAUGCUUUCCUUUCAUUCUGAGCGUUUACACGUUUUUCUAAAGUCUCUGGUUGUUCCGUGCGUUCGUCUCAAACUCGUCCCUGUGUGUUUUUUACCUGUACCUCUGUACCUGUGUCGACCUGUGUUCGUGGCGGUGUCGCGGUGGUUCCUCUGUCCUUGUGACUCGUAAUGGUUAGAGAUUAGUAACUGUUUGGUCCGUCAAUAAUCUCCAUCAGUGAUCAGCAGUGUCUCUUCUCUCCUAAAUGUCCCUCUGACGACGAUGAGAGUCUUCUUCACCGGGUUUCCACAAGCUUAGCUUUCUUAAACAGCACGGUCUCUAUUCCCUCACAGCUUGUAAAUUUGCUGUCUGUCUUCAUGGGGACGAAAUUUUCCUGUGAUCGCAGUAGAUUUCGAGGUCUCGCUCGGAGCAGGGCGUCUAAGCUUGUGGACUUGUGGAGAGUAUUUUGCACAUGCCAUCGUUUUCUUCAGCAGCAGUCUUCAGCUUUUUUGCCUUUUGCCUAUAACAAUAAUAAUAAUAAUAAUAAACUAUAAUGCUUGUACAUAUCAGAAUAGUACUUGUUAUAUUGUAUUCCAGUUUUUUUGUUUUUCUUAAUUUCGACAUGUUUUGUAGUACUGCUUUUUCAUGAUUACGUUUGUCAGUUGAAACAGAUGUGGGAUGAAAAGUGGAAGUGUUUAUUGUUUCAUUUGUUUUUUAAAAUAAAGAUAUUCCUGAUUUGUA